AGGAGCGUUUUAUGCUCUGUCUCAAGCUGCAAAUAACUCAGCUGGGAGGAAGCCUCCCGGAGAAAAAGGGGGCUUGCUAUAUGCCAAGCACGCCGAUCUCUUUCUGCGAUUCCGUGUGUAGUUUGUUCAGGGUGCUGGGAACUGUAGUUUUCUCUCUGUGUGAAGGAACCGUAGUUUCCAUGAUUUCGGGUCGGGGGGGCCGAGAAGAGGGAGAAGCUGUGUGCGUGAUUUAAAAGUCUCAUGCACACGCAGCCACAGGUGCAUAUUCCAGUCAGAACACCUCCGGCAUAGAAAUAUAUAUGAGAGAGGCAGCUCACCCUCUCUCCUCUCUCUCCCUCCUCCUCGCUCCCCUCUCGGGCUGCAUCUCCGAGGCGAAGGCGCUGCUUCCGCCUCCUCCUCCUCCUCCUCUUCGUCCUCCUCGCCCCCCAUGGAAUCCAUCGAGGACUUAGCGGUGGGGCCCUGCGACCACUCUCAGUACUUGAGGCCUUUUCGCCUCCGCUACCGCCAGGUAAGCCCGGUGAGGAGGGUCUGCGGCCCAGCGUGGAGGAAGCGCCGCCGCCGCCGCCGCCGCCGCUUUCUUUCCGCCGCGACUAGGCCUCGCCGGCCGCCGCCUCCGACGCAAGCCCGGCGCUUCGGAAACGGAGGCUCCGGCGUGAGGGGGCGCCUUGCCGCCUCCUUUGCCCCCCCCCCUCUCUCUCUCCCACCCCCGCUGGGGCUCAAGCCUGGCGGGGGAUACACAGUUGUUUUCCCCCACCCCCUGCCCCAUAAGGUUCCUGAGGUUCAUGUAGAAGUGAUGGGGGGGGAGGGGUAAGCACUUUGCACAUGGGCAGAGGACGUGGGCUUUUUCGUGGCUGAGGGGGUUCCUGGUUGCCGAAAGAGAGGGGCAGCAGCUCCCUCCUCCCCAUACCCCCCCCCAAGGUAUUGUUUUAUAUAGAUUAUAAACUCGGAUGUGCAAAUCGUGUCAUCGGACUUUGGCUUUAAUUGCGAUGUUCAGCUCUUUAUUUAUUUAUUUAUUUUUGCUUUGUUAACUGUGUUCUAUAGGUUGUAGCGGUUUCACGGAUGAUUUGUUGGGGUUUGAUCCCCCCUGUAUGAUUUACGCUGCUUGUUUUUGUUGUUUAUGGUUUGGGGUUCAUUUGAAAGAAAAGCGGCGCAGAAAUAGAAUAAAUCAAAUCCGCUGAGUAGCUCUGGGCAUGUGCAGAGUUCUGUACCUGCAAAAAAGGGGGGGGAGGCGGCACCUUAUUUGCUUUAAAAAUUAUUGUAUGUUUAUGUUCCCCUGACGGGACUCUGGGCGGCUUGCAGAUAAAAAUAAGAAUCGCUAAAAGAAUAGGGAAAAAGCCAAGCACUGAUCAAAUUAAAACCAUAUACAUAUAUAUAAUCUGUUAAAACCAUACCAAUAAUUACAAGAAAAGGAGCAGAGCACCAGCCCUUUAAUUAAAAGCAGAAAUAUAAUCAUAGAGUCAUAGAGUUGGACGGGAUCUUGAGGGUCAUUUAGUCCAACCCCCUGCAAUGUGGGAAUCUCAUCUCAUUCAUACAUGACAGGUGGCCAUCAGUUCCCAAAAGCUUGUUGAAACAAGAAGGUCUUCACCUGCCUGCAGAAGAUCAACAUGGAGGGAGCUGGUCUAUCUUCUCCAGCGAAGGAGUUUGGGAGCAGCCACCACCGAAAAGGCCCUGUUUCGUGUCUCUACCAAAUAGCUAGUGAUAUUGUGCACCAAGUGAUUUUAUUUUUGGAAAGGAAAUGCCUCUCAUUCUGAGACUGCCCAAGUGUGCUGUGAGCUUCCAUGCCCUGAGCACACCUUUCCAUCAGAUUUCCUGCUUAUGGGUGCCCAGCAAGGCUGGUGGGGAGCUGUAUCCUCCGCCCCACAGCUGCUGGAGCCUGAGGAGCGCCUUGAACUAAAAAGGCAAGCAGUGACUCCUCUGCUACACACACAACAGAUGUAGCCAUCUGUGCACAGGCAGCAUUGUGUCAUCAAGCACAACGCACACUCCUAGCAAGAAUGGCCCAGCUGGAAUUUUCUGUCUGCCUUUGCUGCAUUCGUUUCUGGCAACUACCCUAGAUGGGGACAGUGAAAUUCUGACUAUUAUGGCCCCAUCUGCACUAUGCAUCCAAAAGUGCAUCAUACCACUUUAAACAGUUGUGGCUUGCCCCAAAGAAUUCUGGGAGCUGUAGUCUGUCAAAAGUAAUAAUAAUUAUUAGGAAGACCUUUACAGAGCUACAGGUUUAGAGUUCUCUGGGAAGAGGGAUUAUCUGUUAAAUCAUUCUGAAAAUUAUGGCUCUGUGAGAGGAGUAGGGGUUGCCUAACAACUCUCAGCAGCGUUAAGAAACUAGACUUCCCAGGAUUCUGGCAUGCCUUUUUGUUUUGUUUUGUUUUGCCCAAAGUUGAUGAGUUGUGUUUUGUUUUUUUGAGAAAUCUCAACAAGAAUGGAAAAGGAGUUUUUGAGCUGCUUUAAAUGAAAAUCGCCAAAAUCUGCUACCAACAUGGGUUGCCAUAGGUCCAGAUUUUCAAAGACAUUUCAGCGAUUUUCACCUGGACAAGGCUUAAGGGGCCUGAAUGCCCACUAUGUCAGGACAUAUGAUAUGACAACCCUAGUUUUACAACCAUGAUAGAUGGGGGCAUUUUUUUAUUUGUUAUUUUUAAAAAUCUGCAUAGUGAUUGGGAAAAUGUGUUGCUGGGGCUGGGGAAGUUGAUCAAAUCAAGAGGCAUUUCAAAAGACCUUCACUAACACGCAGACUAUAAAUAAAUAGGUAGACACUAUUUAGAUACGAAAAAGAAGUCUCAUUCAUCAAUGAAUGUGUUCUUCACUGGCAAGUACACCUUCUUUCCAAUUAGACAUCCCCUUUAUAAAUAAAUAAUUAUCUCACUCCAUUGCGGAAUUGCACAUGGGAGCAUGGUGCUAAAUUAUGAAUAUCAUUAUAAUCAAUUAACAUUUCAAUAAUUUAGUUAAUUAAUUAUGCUCAAACAGUUAAUUAUUUGUUGUUGUUUAGUCGUGUCCUACUCUUCGUGACCCCGUGGACCUGAGCACACCAGGCAAUUUAUUAUACUUAUUUUAAAGACAAGCGUUACUAUCCAGAAAGAGGACAGAAUCCGCUUGAUGCCUCUGGGAAGCCCACAAAGCAAGGCAUCAUCUCAGCAUUUUGUGUUCAGAUUCCUGCAUUGCAGAGGGUUGGACUGGAUGACUCUCACGGUCCCUUUCCAACUCUACAGUCCUGUGAGUCUAUGACUCAGAGGUCUACUGUCCCAGUACGUGGAAGAUCGAUGGCUAACAGUGCUCUUAAAUGUCUUGCACAGUUUUCACAGCUAUUGCAAUUUCAAUAUAAAACACCUUGCUGCAGGGUCAGUGUUCUUGCAAAUGGGAAAAUACAAGCACAGUGCCGGGUUAACACUGGUGGUGGCCACCAGCUUAAAUGGAUUUAAUAAUAUAUUGUCACUUAUUAAAUGUUCCCUUCUUCUGAACUGAUGAACAGUUAAGACAUUUUAACCGAAUCUCCCUUUUUACUCAUACAGUCUGGGUUUAAAAUAGUGUUGACGAAGUUUUCCUCAUAUUUCUGGAAAUUCAAAUGUUCUCAAUUUGCUAGGCUGAUGAUGAGAUCUUCUCUGCUGGUGUAUUUGAAUGAGCCGAGCUGUCAAUUGUCAUUAUUCCUCAUUAGCUUCCAGUGGAGAAUAACUGAACAUUUUAACAUACAUUUUUUUUAAGGCUGCAGUCUUACUAGCGAACAAUCCCCACUGAACUCACUUGUAGGCGUUUCCAAGAAUACAAGCAUAGGAUUGGACUGCACAUUUAUAUUACUAGCCUUAGGCAUGGGGCAGGCUUGAUAUUUUGGUCUCUUUCAAAUACUUAUAGGAAGUACGGUUCUCCGUGUUUUGGGGAUCUGCCAGGAGGAGGAAAAAGGAACAGGUGGAUCUCAUGGUUUAGAGUUGACUAUUCAAUGGUGAAUAGUGGUCAUGUAGUGCUGCUUCGCAGCUGAUUUUUGUCAAGCUGUUGUAAUAAAGUAAAGGUAAAGGGACCCGUGACCAUUAGGUCCAGUUGUGACCGACUCUGGGGUUGCGGCGCUCAUCUCGCUUUAUUGGCCGAGGGAGCCGGCGUACAGCUUCCGGGUCAUGUGGCCAGCAUGACUAAGCCUCUUCUGGCGAACCAGAGCAGCGCACGGAAACGCUGUUUACCUUCCCGCCGGAGUGGUACCUAUUUAUCUACUUGCACUUUGAUGUGCUUUCAAAUUGCUAGGUGGGCAGGAGCAGGGACCGAGCAACGGGAGCUCACCCCGUUGUGGGGAUUCGAACCGCCGACCUUCUGAUCGGCAAGUCCUAGGCUCUGUGUACACCCGCGUCCCUUUGUUGUAAUACUUAGACACAUUUUUUUAAAUAGAUCCUAUUCCUCAAGGCCAUUUUUAAAAGGUAGUAAAAGCACAAUAUGCCCCCCCCCAUUUUCCUUUAAGAACAUCGGAAGAAUAGACCAAAGAUGAAUCUAAUCAAGAACCCUCUUUCAGAUGCUUCUCGUAAGCAUCAUCAAUAUCUCUUGGAAGCUAAGGCUUAAAAUAACAUCGUGUCUAUAUGGCUACAAAAAAUAGCAGCAGGGGUACACUGGAUGUGAAAUGGAGAAGCUGAGAUAUACAGAUAUUUUAAGGGAGGGGGCCUUGGCUCCUUCUUGCAGAAAGUCCCAGGCUCAUUUCCAGGCCUCUCCAGUUUGAAGGAUCUAUGAAAGGUCCUGCUUCAAGACCUGGGAGCUGCUACUAGCCAAACGCAAUGCUGAGCCAGUGGUUUGUCUUAGCAUAGGGCAGCUUCAUAUGUAAAGUUCUCCUGAAUUCAGAGUUUAUGCUUCGCUAUAAAACACAAAAUAAAUCAGUGUAUUGGUGUGCAUUGUAAAUUAGCGCAAGGAUUAAAAUUAAUGAAAAGUUAUUUGGAGUGCUAAUCUAUGAGUAUGUUAUUAUCUUAAGCUAAUCUAAUGAAAUCUCUCUCUCUGUGUGUGUGUGUGUGUGUGUGUGUGUGUGUGCAUGUCCCAGCGUCAUCAAUAUUUGCUCUUUAGAAAGGAAAUGAUCCAUUCUUUAAUUUAAAGUCAUCAGCUCCAGGCCCUAAAUUGGGAUCCUGUACCUUUAAGAGUCAAUGCCUUUUUCUUCAUUGCAACACCCUUAUGGGAACAGACGCACCUGGAAAAAUGUUGCAUUCUCAGGGUCUGGACCUGCCGGACGUUAAUUUCAGUUAUCGGACAUAUGAAUAUUUUUGCGUACAUCUCUACGCACUCUCAAACCCUCCUUGUUUAAUUUUCCUUUGAAUUCCUGUACAAAAUGAAAGCAGUUGAGCCGUAUCUGAGACAUACAAUGCAAUUUGUGCACUUUUCUUUAAAAAAAAGAACUCUCUAAAUUGGUGGAGUUAGGAUUAUACUAAAAAAAUAAAAAUAAAAAUAGUCAGAUACUGAGUGCAAAUAGAGUGUAUCAUCCUAGCAGAGGCUUUUCUGUGCUUCUUAAGAAACAGCAAGCAAUCUGCUCAAAAUCUUUACAGAGAAGGUUAACUGUCAUAGAAGUUAGCAUUCCCACCCUGAGAAAUCUGAAGGAAGGCAUAUUUUCUAAGAAGAGUUGCAGUUUGCAAAGAUCCAGUCCCUGUACUUUCAAGGAUCACAGAGAAGGAGGAAAUUUCAUCAGGUGCGAGGGUAUCAGCCACCAUGACAGAGUUUUCAUGGUUCCUAAGAACUUCUAAAAAUAGACAAGUUCCCCCAGGCUCUGGGAACCGGUAGCCUUAAUUUUGUGCUUUAUCCCAGGUGGAAAUUCCCCAUUUCUAUUUUACUUUUACUGGCUUUUCUCCUGUGCAGUUUCAACAGAUGAAACUGUUCCCACCAUCUGGUCUCCAUGCCAGGAAAAGCUUCACCUGCCACAGAGCUUUAAAAACGCACUGGAAAAAAGGUCUGUAAAGAGGGGGUUGGGAAUCAACAACCUUGCCUGACAAGCGGGGGGACACUGAGUUUUUGCAGUGCUCUAGCAAUGCAUCUUAACCACCUGCUCAUGUUUAAUGUUCAUAUUUUACACUCAGCAUGAGGAAAGUUCGCUGCUGAACAAUUGCUCUAUAGUUCUGCCUUAAAGCUGCAGGUGUGCAAGAAAGUUCUGUCCAAAUUGGGAGGCUUAUAUGCAGAUUUGCUUUUCAAUUAAAAAGCAUCUUCUCACUGCCUUCCUCAAGACCUUGCUUGUCCUCAAUCAUGUACCUUAAACAUUGACCAGGGUUUCAUUAAUACAUUAACGCCCGAGUUUAAAGCAACUUUUAAAAAGUUACUUUCCUUCAUUGGCGGGGCGCUUAAUGGCACACCAAAGUCAUGAGCGCAGAUAGAGAUGACAUUAAUUAUUUGCCUCACGUUUUCCUUGCUGGGUCAGAAUCCCCUAAAACCAUUUCAGAUGGAGUCUGGGAGAGAAUCUUGGAGCCUGGGACAGAGCAGCUGGCCUGGACAUGGGCCGAUGCCCCAGUUGACAGGUUGUUGGAUUAGAAAGAAUAUCAAAGGCAGCAACCGAGAUUAGGGAUAAGUGAACAUCUGACAGCAGUUUCCAGCAGGGGAGAACAGAUGAUAAACAAUGGGAAUGGGGUACUUGCUCAGGGAGAGGAGAGGUGAGAAGGCCAUGGGAAAAGUGUGGCGGCAAUCUCUAAAGCUCCAGGUUGCUGCACCUCAUGAAUAGAACAGGAAAUAGGAUUUGCAGGGACAGAUGUGAUGAGUGGUGAUGAAUACAUUACAGGCAAAAGAAGGACCAAACUCCGCAAGGUGAGUGAUGUCCUUUCCUUGAAUCUGCUCGGUAUAAUUAUGGGUAGCAUUUGUGAUGCACACUGCUGCACGGAAAUAAAUGACACCAAUGCUUGCUUGUUUAAUUGCAUUAUUAUCAGUGAAAUCCUUAUACAGCUAAGAGUGUUUUUAUCAGGAAGCAAUAACCAAAGAUGGGUAGGGAAGAUUGGUGGGUUUUCAUCAGUUGUAGGCUGUGCUUGUUUGCAGGUUUACGCAUUAUACUGAAACAACAGCAGUGUACAGUCUAAAAUAACACAAAACAAGAAAACAGCAGAUAACAUCUUAAAACAGCUUAAAACUUGCUCAAUUAAUCUAUUUGAGAUUUCCACCUCCUGGUUUAAGUGAUGCCCAGGAGGCAGAUUUUUCCUUUUCUCUUUGCUAUCAUGGUGUUGUUGCCAAAGGAGCAGUUUCAUUUAGUGUAUGUUCCCUUCUAAGCAAUGCUUAAAGGCAUGAAAACCCUCUUGGAGGGCUGCGGACCUUAUAGUGGCUUCUGUGCAUGCUCAAAUAAACAUAACACAGUGGUGUGAUAUUCAUCUGCUGCUUCUGAUUCAUCUUGAUUUGAAAAAACAACACAAAAGAGUUUUCUGCUCAUUAGUUUAUAGCAGGCAUAGGAAAACUUGGCCCUCCAGAUGUCUUGAGACCACAACCCCCAUCAUCCCUGACCACUGGUCCUGUUAGCUAGGGAAGAUGGAAGUUGUAGUCCGAAAACAUCUGGAGGGCCAAGUUUGCCUAUUCAUGGUUUAUAGCUUUUCUUUCAGUUUCUUACACAUGUCUAAAGUACUUAACAAGAACAUUAUACACUAUGGGGUGUGUGGAUGGAGAGGCAGAGAUAUAUAAAUGCCUUAUCUUCCAAGAUAUCAGAGUGGGCUAGAUCCUCAGCCCAUAUCCCAGGUCUUGAUGCAUCAGCUUUGUGAAAUGAAUUUUAGGUCUGGUUAGUGCAUGGCUGGCAGGCUGGAGACAGUAUGUGUUCUGCCUUGAGUUCCAUGACAGAAAGGAGGAGUGUAAAUGAAUUAAAAACCAAACCAACACCAGAAGAGCCUGCUGAAUCAGAAUAGUGGUCUAUGUAGUCCAUUACAGCGCAAGAUGAGAUGUCUGUGAGAAGCCUGCAAGCCGGACAUGAGCGGUGUGAGAAACUCUGAUAUAUAAGCUUAAACCUAGGUUACGGUCACCACAAUGGAAUGUCUAUUUGCCAGUGGGUUAGACUGAUUCUACGACUCUGAUCUCAACUAUAUUGUUUGACUGUAGCUUGCUCUUAGAAACCAUUCACUUGUCCCAGUACGCAAGAAGGGGAAACCCAAACAGUGGAAACAGAAAUGGACUAAGGCAGAGGCUUUUAAACCGUGGUUGCCAGCCUGGAGCCCAGGAAUCUCCACAUGGGUGCCAUUGGCCGUGUGCCAGUAGCAAAAUGCACUUGGCGCCUGGGGAAUUUCAAACACUGGAUGUGAGUGCAACACCCUUGACUGCCAACAACUGCCAGAGGCACAAUAAACUUAAUGCUUGGGAACUCUCUUCCCCCAGAGCUGUUCCAGGAUUCUGCGGAACUGGGAAUGGUUGUCUUAUGAAAACAAAAGUCAAGUCUGCUUGCUUGCACCCUUCUUUAGACUCUAUGGCACAGUGCCCUUUGCGUGCUAACAAAGAUAAGGUGAAACCACUCUCUUGGAAUAUUGUUACUAUUUUAUUACAGUGGUACCUCGGGUUAAAGUAACGCGGGUGGCGCUGUGGGUUAAACCACAGAGCCCAGGACUUGCCGAUCAGAAGGUCGGCGGUUCAAAUUCCCGUGACGGGGUGAGCUCCCGUUGUUCGGUCCCAGCUCCUGCCAACCUAGCAGUUUGAAAGCAAGUCAAACUGUAAGUAGAUAAAUAGGUACCACUCUGGCGGGAAGGUAAACGGCAUUUCUGUGCGCGGCUCUGGUUCGCCAGAAGCGGCUUAGUCGUGCUGGCCACAUGACCCGGAAGCUGUACGCUGGCUCCCUCAGCCAAUAAAGAGAGGUGAGCGCCGCAACCCCAGUGACGGCCACAACUGGACCUAAUGGUCAGGGGUCCCUUUACCUUUAUCUUACCUUGUGUUAAGAACUUAAUUUGUUCUGGAGGUCCAUUCUUAACCUGAAACUGUUCUUAACCUGAAGCACCACUUUAGCUAAUGGGGCCUCCUGCCGCCGUCGCACCACUGCUGCACGAUUUCUGUUCUCUUCCUGAAGCAAAGUUCUUAACCCGAGGUACUAUUUCUGGGUUAGCGGAGUCUGUAACCUGAAGCAUCUGUAACCCGAGGUACCACUGUAUUUGUUAAACUUACCUUAAAAUGGCUUCCAAGCAACACCAAAAAUAAACAAGCGCUGGAAGGGUGCUUCUAUGCUCUCUCUAUUAUGAAUUGGUUUCUAAAAGUCUUAUUUAUAGUGACAUGAGAGAAACUAGCCCACCAAGCCUGGGUUCUCAGAUGGGACUUUGCGGCUAUCUGGUGUUUUUUUUAAAGCUUAUUUAGCGACGUAGUCACACAGAUGAUGAACACCGUCCAAAUAUGAUAGCAUCUGGUGCUGCUUUUGAUUAUACAAGUUUUUGACCCAUUGUUUAUGUCUUAUCUUAGAACACUGCAGCAUUGUCUCUUUUGUACAAGUUUCUUUCAAUAUUUUUAUCCCUUUUGUCUCCUCAAUUUAUACCUGUCCAUACUCGAUUGUUGGUGUGUUUUUUCUUUUCUUGAAUUUCUGGACUACUCUGUCCUGUUGGUUAUACCAUUAAUAUAUUUUAAAAAAAAUAAACAAGCACACAUCACAAAUAGCUUCUGGCCCAGCUACUGCUUUCAACCUUUUAGUGUCUGGGACCGCCGCAUCUUUGAGGCUUCCUCUUCCCAUAUGGCCCCUCCCCUCAAAUCGAGAAUGCCCUCAAGUUUUCUGCUUUGUUUGCCAUCAUUGCGGGAGGUAGAGACAAGCAGCGCAAGAAGCAAGGCAUUCUCAGUCACUGCCCCAGGGUUGUGGGAUAGUCUGCCAGAAGAUGUCUGCUGGAGCAUGCUCUUGCUAGCCUUCAGGAGGGGCUGCAAAACCCAGCUUUCAAGGAAGGCUUUCAGAUGCAGUUGUUGAAUAAUGUUUCUAUUGAUGGCUUCUAAUCUGCCUGGUGUCUUGCCCUGUUUUGUGGACUUUGUUUAUUUGUCGUGAGCAGCUUCGAGCCUAGGUGGGGCUGGGUGGAAAACCCCCAAGUCUGAAUGCGCUUACCAACUCCAGGUGGAAGACAAGCCCCUUUACCUCUGUUGCAAAGUGAGUCUGUCUGAUUCAGGUGCAUACUUGCCUUCCAAUGAGCUGGGCUAUCCGUCGCAAUUAGCAUAGGGAAAAUAUUGCUGUGAGUUUGUGGGUACCAGACCCCUCUCGUCUCUGGAUCAGGCAAGUGUUGGAAUUUAAUCAAGCCAAGCUAUCUUCCCAUGGUGAGCCAUUAAGGGAGAUUAGAAUUACAUAAUUGUAGAGUUGGCAGGGACCCAAAGGGUUUUCUAAUCCAACCCCCUGCAAUUCAGGAAUCUCAGCUAAAGCAUACAUGGCCAUCCAACCUCUGCUUUAAAACCUCUAAGGAAGAAGACUCUACAACAGACUUCCUCAAACUUGGCCCUCCAUAUGUUUUUGGCCUACAACUCCCAUGAUCCCUAGCUAGUAGGACCAGUGGUCAAAGGAUGAUGGGAAUUGUAGUCUCAAAACAUCUGGAGGGCCGAGUUUGAGGAAACCUGCUCUACAACCUCCUAAGGGUUUCACUGUUGAACAGCUCUUUCCGUCAGAAAGUUCUUCCUGAUGUUUAGUCAGAAUAUCUUUCUUGUAACUUGAAGCCAACAAACUGAAACUCAUUCCAGUUAAGACUGGGGGAGACUUUGCUUUUUGAAAAAGCUUAUUUUUCUCCCCUAUGUCACCAGCUGCCGCCUUCUUCUUCUUUCUUCUUUUCUUUUCACCCUGAGUUUUUCCUUCUUCAAAGUCCAUGACACCUUUGGUUAAGGCUGUUCUCCAAUUGGAGCGCUCUCAGGCCAUUGUUUCCCAGUUGUCAGUGUUUAUACUACAUUUUUUUAGAUUUGCUUUGAGAACAUCUUUAAACCUCUUUUGUUGUCUACCAGUAUUUUGCUUUCCAUUCUUGAGUUUGGAGUAGAGUAGUUGCUUUGGAAUACAAUAAUCAGGUAUCCGAACAACAUGACCAGUCCAACGAAGUUGAUGUUGAAGAAUCAUUGCUUUCCCUCCUAUGUAACCAGCUGCCGCCUGAAUUCAGGCACACCCCUCCUCCCAUGGCUGCCUUUCCCAACUGCGGCUGCCUCCACGUUAGGGUGUGGAGCCCCCCAAAAGGCAGGGCUGAGAGUGGUCACUCUGAUGCCCCAUUGUGUGGGACAACCCUGGACGAUUGAUUAAACAAUCCAUGGCCUGGGAUGUGGUGUUCUUGUUUGUUAUUGUGUCAUGCAUUUUUGUGUUUUUAUAUUGUAAGCUGCCCUGUGAUGCUCAAAUGAAGGGCAGUGUAGAGAUGGAGAUGAUGAUGAUGAUGAUGAUGAUGAUGAUAGGCUCAGUGCAAGAUGGCCAAUGGGUGGCGCCCUGUCCCUCAACAGGUAAAGCCAGAGUUUGGAGAAGAGAGUUUUUGGAGCGGUGAUGUGACAGAAGCACAGCAUAAACGGAAUCUACAUUGGGUGACCAGAUUAAGGUUAAAAGAUUUCCCCCCCAAUGAAUCCGGGGACACUUUUCAACUUCAAUGGAUUUUGUAUGGGGACUGAUUUGUAAAUCCGGGGAUUGUCCCUGGGAAACGGGGAUGUCUGAGAACCUUAGACCAGAUGCAUGAGAGAGAAAGAGCAGGGCUCCUGUAUCUUUAAUAAAAGCGUAGAAGAGGGAAUUUCAGGAGGUGUAGUUUGCAGUGCACCUACUGAAAUUCUAUCUUCUGCACAACUGUUAAAGGUGCAGCAGCCCUGGCCUGUUGACCACCUGGUACCCUUAAGCGUACAGGUGACUGGAAAGAAACCUAUACCUCAUUUAAGCAAUGCUGGAAAAUGCAAAUACAGUGGUACCUCUGGUUGUGAACGGGAUCCGUUCCAGAGCCCCGUUCGCAACCUGAGCAGAACGCAACCCGUGUGUGCGCGGGUCGCGAUUCACCGCUUCUGAGCAUGCGUGUGACAUCAUUUUGAGCGUCUGCGCAUGCGCAAGCGGCGAAACCCGGAAGUAACCCUUUCCGGUACUUCCGGGUCGCUCCGGGACGCAACCUGAAAAGAUUUAACCCGAAGCGUUUUUAACCCGAGGUAUGACUGUAUCAAUACAGAUGCUUUACCAAUGGACUGGCUAGAUCUAGCAAUUCUGUUCCUUUUAAGAAUUGAAAGCGGAGUUGCCAUCUCAAAUGGGGCUUUUUCUUGCACGUCACUGAAGUGAUGAGAGGAACCACCAAGGAUAGUUCCUCCUUCCAUGUUGCUCUUUGGGGUGGUUCAGACUGGCAUGCACACUGCACGGCUCCUCAACAGCUAAAUGUAGAGACAUCACCUGUUCUCCAAGAAUUCUCAAAGAUAAUAGACAAAGGCUCUGAAAUUACAUCCGCAAGCUCCUUUGGUACACUUGGAUGCAGCUCAUCAAGCCCUGGAGAUCUGCUGUGCUGGUGUUUUAUUGGCAGGGAUCUCCUAACAUCAGGAAGCAUUCAAAACUGUGAGGCACAUGCAAAACUCCUUACAUUCUAAAGUGAUACGGGUCAUUCUACCACCCCAGCACUCUACCACCCCGUUCUUCCUCAGGUUUCGAGAUCUAGGUCUGAAAAAUGAUGGUGUUUGAGACUGAACUCACAUGACAUUUAAUAUGUGAUGGAACAUUCGUUCUUCCCUGCAAAUCACGGAUGACAGGUCUUCUUAACAGCUGUUAGCCAUGAUAAAAUUAAUCAGAAGAAAUGUUGUCCUUCUAAAUACAAGUUGCUGGGGGUAGGGAUCAUAUAAUCAUAGAAGUGCAGAGUUGGAAGGGACCCUGAGGAUCAUCUAGUCCAACCCUUGCAAUGCAGCUGCAUAUUGGUGUUAUCAGCACCUUCGCACUCUGCUUGUGAACUUCUCAUAUCUCAGGGUUAGGAUCUUUUUUGUUUCGGAUAUUUAUCUCCACCUCACCCGUCAGGCCAGCUUUGACUGGUGGGUGGGGCUAUACCCCUGUCAGUCACCUGGUGUCAGGCAACUGAUAGGUGGGAAGUCCUGCCCAUCUGUCAAAGUUCAUCUGCAGGUUGGGGUCAGCUUCAGCAGUGCGUCCCCUGCAGGCAGGGGUCAGCAAACUUUUUCAGCCGUGGGCUGGUCCACCGUCCCUCAGACCAUGUGGUGGUCCGGACUAUAUUUUGGAAAGAAAAAUAUGAACGAAUUCCUAUGCCCAACAAAAAACCCAGAGAUGCAUUUUAAAUAAAAGGACACAUUCUUCUCAUGUAAAAACACGCUGAUUACCAGACCAUCCGUGGGCCGGAUUGAGAAGACGAUUGGGCCGCAUCCGGCCCACGGGCCUUAAGUUGCCUACCCCUGCCUGCAGGCAGCACCCUGGUGAAGCUGCACCCAGCAGGAUUCAACCCUACGCAUCAGGUGAUGUCACCCAGUGAUAUCAACUGACUGGCAGGGGUGUGUGGCCUGGGGAAAUCUGCCAUCCCAAUUCCAGCCAUAUCUAGUUAGCUGCUGCGGCGAAACAGGAUGCUGCACUAAAUGGACCAUUUUAGAGUGAUCUAACAGUGUUGCUCUUAAAUUCUUACCUGGCCCUUAAGUGAUGGGCAUGUGUGAACUGGCUCUCAGUGCAGAAGUAGUCUUGUCCUUCGCCCAGCCACUCUAUUUAUCACCAAUAGGUAAUGAAAGUUUACCCGUGAACUAUUGUUGUCCUCUUUCAUAGCAUCCUGUCUACUCCAAAUUUAACACAUGCACACGGAAACACCGAAACUCUCCAUCCUUUUAAGCAUAUGUUUUGCAGGUUCACCAUUGGGGAGAGGGAGAGGGCCGCUCGCUAUGUUAUGUAAGACAUAAUUUAAAAUCUGGGGCUUGGUAGCAUCUGUCCAUUUUGUAUUGAUUUUUGCAGGGGACUGGAGGGAGGUGAAAGGUCCUUGUGAUUUUUGUAAGAAGGUCCUGUGAGAAAGUCUUCGGGGGAAAUCUAAAGAUUGUGUGUAAGCCUUGCCUUCCAUUAACCCCCCGCUGUUGCUCUUCAUCAAGUUAUUUUAAUGACUUUCAAAGCAAGUGAGCGGAAAAUGGCUUCUCUGGAACUUUGAGGAGGCUGAGCUACUAAAACGGUUGUUGCUUUCAAAGUGAAACAUACCAAUGGGAGGAUAGCUUGUUAAAAAAACUUUUGUGAUUCUGUUUUAAAAUACGGAAAUAUUUUAAAUAAGGCAUUAUAGUUACAACUCCCAUAAAAGUGAAAAUCAUCACCUGCUAAAUGCUCUAUAUUAGUGCUUCUCAUUCUGGUGGUUCCUUUUUCUCUUUUUAAAAAAGCAAGAAGGCUUGGGAGGUUGCUACAGAGGAAUAAUGAUCUGACCCUGGCAGUUUCUGUCUUCAGGUUUUAGUGGAGAGGUUGGUUGCAUAUUCUUCAAUUCCCCCAGGUUCCACUGGGGCAGUUAGUAUAGAACUUCUACUUGCUCAUUUUCCUCUGCCUUCCCUAUAAAAUAUCAUCUCUCUUAGCCAUUAUUUUGAGUUGUGAAUUGCACAGAGUGCUUUGACGCACCAGUGUAGUAAACAUGGCUAAAUGGUGUUUAUUUUAAGGUCUCUUUCUCCGCACUACGGUCACAUCACUGCUUGCUUUCCCCUUUUCAUAGAGGGAAGGGUUGGGUCAGGAUUGACUGUGGAUGUUUUGGUAGAAAGCUGGCUAUUGCUGGAAGAUUUUCCCUUGGGAAAUAGAAGUAGGGGACCCAACUCAGUGCACCCUAGUUUACCUGCAACCUCACACAAUUAUUUUAUGAGCAUCAUUCAAUCUUCAUUGUGCGGCAUGUAGGAAGUGUUGGACUGUUCCCAGAAUGCAUAGCUGGGGCCUGUCUUUUUUAUUAUUUUUUAAGCAAAUUAAUUAUUGGGGAAAGGGCCGUAGCUCAAUGGUAGCUCAAUCUGCGGAAGAGCCGUGGCUGAAUUCCCCUUCAGAAACCUCAGAGAGCCGCUACCAGCCAGUGUAAACGGCACUCAGCUAGGUGGACCUAGUAUUCUCACUCUGUGUAAGGCAGCUCCCUAUCUGCAAUGCGCUCUACGUGGGGCUACCUUUGAAGGUGGCCCAGAAACUACAACUAAUCCAGAAUGCAACGGCAAGACUGGUGACUGGGAGUGGCCGCCGAGACCAUAUAACACUGGUCCUGAAAGACCUACAUUGGCUCCCAGGAUGUUUCCAAGCACAUUUCAAAGUGUUGGUGUUGACCUUUAAAGCCCUAAAUGGCCUCGGUCCUGUAUACCUGAAGGAGCGUCUCCACCCCCAUCGUUCAGCCCAGACACUGAGGUCCUCCUCCGAGAGUCUUCUGCUGGUUCCCUCACUGCGAGAAGCAAAGUUACAGGGAAACAGGCAGAGGGCCUUCUCGGUAGUGGCGCCCGCCCUGUGGAAAGCCCUCCCAUCUGAUUUCAAGGAAGUAAACAACUAUCUGACUUUUAGAAGACAGCUGAAGGCAGCCCUGUUUAGGGAAGUUUCUAACGUUUGAUGUUUUAUCGUGUUUUUAAUAUUCUCUUGAGAGCCGCACAAAGUGGCUGGGGAAACCCAGCCAGAUGGGCGGGGUAUAAAUAAUAUUUUUUAUUUUUAUUUUUAUCAUCCCUUAUUUAAAAAUGAGCCAUAUAACACUAAGUGGUAUAACGUCCACCUUUCAGCUCUUUCUUUUACUGAAGCGCCAAGUUGCUCCCCCCCCCCCCCCCGCCCGGAAUCAAUUUGUGCCAGUUCCAGUUGCCUCACAUCUGCAUCCCAGGUUAUAACCUUAAAUGCAGUUGCUGACCUAGCAGUAAACUGAAGGUAGCAGGAAAAGCCGUAGCUUUGACCCCUGAACCUAUCAGCUUUCCUAGUGCCGGCGACAUAUCCUCCCCCCUUUCAGGUAUCAAGUUCAGCAUACUACUGUCUGCUUGCUUGAGGAAAAGAGUGGGCUUUAUAGGCAGAAUGUGAUUGCUUUGGAUGACAAAGCAAUAUACAGUGGUACCUGGGGUUAAGUACUUAAUUCGUUCCGGAGGUCCGUUCUUAACCUGAAACUGUUCUUAACCUGAAGCACCACUUUAGCUAAUGGGGCUUCCUGCUCCCGCCAUACCGCCGGAGCACGAUUUCUGUUCUCAUCCUGAAGCAAAGUUCUUAACCCGAGGUACUAUUUCUGGGUUAGCGGAGUCUGUAACCUGAAGCGUAUGUAACCUGAAACGUAUGCAACCCGAGGUACCACUGUAUAGAGGCAUUCUGUGGCUUUCUUCUAAGGCGCUUAAGAUGGUAUACUUGGUUUCCUUCCUUUCUGUUUUAUCUUCACAGCAAUCCCAUAAGGAAGGUUAACUCAGAAAUCGUGACUGGCUCAAAGGCCACUCGUUUAGCUUUGUGGCUGGGUCGGGGAUUUGAACCCAGGUCUCCCUGGCCCAAGCCUGAAACUUUCUCUCCAUUUCCACAUGCUGGCAGAAAUAACUCAUCUAUUUAAAAUUUGGCGGCAUUGGUUGCCUCAUCACAAAGUAAAUCAAGGGUUUAUAAAUCCUAGGAGUAAAAGCUGUGUCAGUUUGUGCCUACAAAUCCACCUCGCGAUGCUGUCUUAAAAAUAAAGGGAAAUUUUGCAGAUUUUAGUUUACCUGUCCUCGGAGCUGAUGGGUUUGAAAUAAACAUAGUGGCCUGGCCCCCUGUAUCACAUGAACAGCUGAAGAAGUGAAUGCACUUCUCAAAUGUUUGUUUUGCCUCCUAAUGGGUAAAAAGGACACCUUUUGAACAGUAAAACUAUACUGCCAUCACCAUCUGGAUGCAGUUUCAUUACAGUCUCCUGCCAAAAUAUAACCCUCGCUUUGAAGACUAAAAUGGAUACGGUUUGUAAAAAUUACAGUGCGACUUUUGGAUUGUGUACCAUUCUUGGGAGGGCGGGGGGAGAUAGUUUCUACUCGUCCCUGGACUGGUUGAUUUAAAUGUCUUUAGUUCAAGGUAGCCAACUUACAGCUGAGAUACAAACAGGAUUCGUUCUUGGUGCCUGAAGCAGAAAAUACCAAUUAAACCCUCUUUGGUGGUAUAACAUUAAUACAACAGCAAGUGAAAAUAAUAACGGCAGCCUGAAAUCUGUUUACUGAGGCUGGCUGCCUCACCUUGCCCAAUGGUAGAGCCGGCCAUGAUGCUUACCAACUCCGUGGAGGAGAGAGCUAGAUGCAGAGGUGAGUGGGGUUUUUCUUAUAGCAGCCUGAUUUCAUCCAUCCCCCCUGAAGUUUGGGGUUGUCCUCAAACACCUCAGAGCUCCCAAUGGACACUGGGAAGCGCAGUAUCACAGCUGAAGAUAACAGUCUCAUCCAAUUAUUCAGUACCAACAGUCAUCUGUUUACUGAUCACAUUCGCAUCCCACUCUUUCUCCAAGGAGCUCAGGGUGGUAUUAUAUGGGGAUUAUCCCAUAUUGCCCUCAUAGAAACCCCAAGAAGUUUAGAUUAGGUGGACAGGCAAGGUUAUCAAGAGAGGUAGGCAGAUGUUUGAGCUCAGGGCCAAGUCUAGUGCUGUGUCUGCCACACCAGACUUCCUCUCCAUAGAUUUGGGAAACGUCUUUUGAAAGGGGAGCCAUAUUUUUCGCCCGCUUCAGGGGGUGUUGGAAUGCCAUUCUUCUUGCAACGGGGCGUAGAAAGGAGCUCAGUUCAGUUUGUUCCGUAGAAAUCUGUGCAAGCCCAAACGUGCUGCCUCUGUUUUGCGAUGUACAAUUUAUGUUGAUAAUUCCGAUUUCACAAUAUCGCAUGGAGAAUAGACUUGUGUGCUUCCUUUCAAAAUCCCCUCCUGGUUUUAAGCGGCAAUUGGCACGGAAGGCGAAGCCUUGUUUUCUCUUCCUCGUUAAUUCUGUUUACACGAAGGCCAUGCUCAAAGUGAUGCCCUAAAACAGGGCUAAUUGAAACAAUGCAGGGGUGGAGGCAUGCAAAUGGAAAUGCACACGAACGAAUCGCGCCAAGUUCAGAUUGACCUAGAGGUAAAGAGCGUGCCAGGGCAUUGCCAUAGUCACUGGAGAUGUUAGCUAUUGACUUCACAUGACAGUAGCUGGCAUUAAUAAUGCAGCUGGCAAAAAAAAAAAAAAACCCCCAAUCCAACAACCCCAAAUUAUGAAAUCUCCCGUCAUCUUUUCUUGCAAACCACAUGGAUGUGAAAUCAAUUUCCAUUAAGCUAAAAUGGAAAAUGGAUAAACAAAGUGGGAGCGAAAAGUGCAGCAGACAAGGAGAUGGUUCAUGUCGAGAAUGAUGGUUAAGCAUCUUCCUCUUGUUUUUGUGCGGCUAGCACAGCUUGGCUUAGGGAGAAAGGAUCUCUGCCUUAUACUGAGUCAGACCCAUUGGUUCAUCCAGUCCAGAAUGGGGACCCUGUUUGCACUGAUAGUAGUCAAAGCUUUCCCAGCCUCCCUACCGGAGAGGUUUUUAACUGGAAAUGCCAGGGGUUGAAUCUGGGCCCACCUGAAUGAAAAGCAAGUGUUUUGCUACUGAGCUUGGAGACAGUAUGUGUUGCAGAUCAUUUUCAAAUGUAGAUAGCUCAGUUUGUUACUGCCUGGUCUCAUAACACCAAGGUUGCAGGUUUGAUUCCCCAUAUGGAACAGCUCCAUAUUGCUGCAUUGCAAGGGGUUAGGUUAGAUGAUCCUCAGGGUCCCUUCCAACUCUGAUUCCUUUAACUAAAAACCUGAUAGCCAUAGAGGGCGCACCUUCAUAAAGGUAAAGGGACCCCUGACCAUUAGGUCCGGUCGUGACCGACUCUGGGGUUGCGGCACUCAUCUUGCUUUAUUGGCCGAGGGAGCCAGCAUACAACUUCCGGGUCAUGUGGCCAGCAUGACUAAGCCGCUUCUGGUGAACCAGAGCAGCGCACAGAAACGCCGUUUACCUUCCCGCUGGAGCGGUACCUAUUUAUCUACUUGCAAUUUUCCAUGCUUUCGAACUGCUAGGUUGGCAGGAGCAGGGACCCAGCCAAGGGAGCUCACCCCAUCAUGGGGAUUCAAACUGCCGACCUUCUGAUCGGCAACUCCUAGGCUCUGUGGUUUAACCCACAGCGCCACCCACGUCCCUUUCCUUUAAAGAUCUAAUGGCAAGAUCUUUUUCUGAGUUUAUGCCGGUCAGUAGUAGUGGGGCGUAGUAAUUUGCAGUCUUUUGGAGCAGGGCCUUCUCAGUUGUGGCAUCCAUGUCAUGGCACCCUCUCCCUAAGUAGGCCAACCAGUUCAGGAUUGCUUGGGGGUAACAGAGAGGUGGAAACAUGUUUAUUUAAACAGGCCUUUGGAGAUGGGUUACUACGAAAGAGAUGCUGCCGGAGGCUUUCCGUUGUUUUAGCUAUUUGCGCGCCGGGGGGGCGGGGAGAGAACGUGCAUGCAAAACAUGGAUCCACUUGAUUACAUCACAUUUAAAUGUUCAAAUGCACAAACUGGUUGCAGUAAGAGAAAUAAACAAGCCUGUUGUUUACUUUGCAAACCCUGAAAAGUCAAGCACUUCCUAAUGAGGGGCUACGUUUUGCAUCGGUGGAGGCUACUGUCACAGAGCAAGCCAGCAGUAAAUCACACACUGCUCAAAGUUGGCGCUAACUCUUCAUUAGCAAAAACAUGAUCUUCCCAGACUUGGCUGAGUUUCAGGCCUAAUGAGCACAGCUGCCCAUCCCCGGCAGGUCUUACUCCCUGAAUCAGUUGCUGAGAUUGAAAGUCCCCAACUCCCCACAGCCAUCUAAGGCCCCUCCUCUUCAGGGCUUUUUUCAGGUAAUCAGAGACUGCACCUGCAUGCAGCCUGCCACUGCUACGCCCAUUUCAGCCCUCUUCUGAUUCUGGGAGACAUGGGGGAGGGGAGCUUGUCUCAGCAGGAGGGGGAGACCCCUGUGACUCUUACCCAGCCUGAUUCAUCUCUGCCUCUUGACCUCCCUCUUCCCACUUGCUUGCUUCAGUUUCUGAUUCUGAUUCUAGACUUCUCUCUGCCACAGACUCUCCCAGCUCACUAAGCCCUGUUACCUCUUCAGCUUCCAACAUUUCCUCCUCCCAGUCUGCUCCCUCUUCUCCUUCUGACCACUCAUCGUCAUCCCACCACCACUCUCCGGCCUCUGAGCCUUCGUCCCUUGAUGGUUCCCCAGCUGGUGCCUCCCACCAUUCCUGUGUGCCCCGCCAGUCCAUGACAACUACUGACUUGCUCCCCCAUAAGUUGAGACACAAGCAAAGAGAUCUUAAUACUCUCGCUAACAUUUCUCAGUUGUUUCUCCCAAGUAACAGGCAGAGGUUGGGAUGCAUAAUAAUGGUUGCAGUAGUUGCAGUUGUAGGGCUAUGUUAGGGGCCCUACAAGACCCCCCCACACACACAAACCAGUGGAUUCCCAUUUGUCCAUCUCUUCAUCAUACUAUGAAUAUGCAGGUUUGUUGAAAAGGAGAAAGAUAAAUCAGUGCCACGAACUUGCCCAUUUCUUGAUAAAAAUCACUAUAAGCACAGUUGGAUUUAUUGUUCUGCAAAGUACACAGAGUCAUAUAACCAUUGGCAACUGUUUACCUGGAAUUAAUAAUUAGCUGCCUUCAUAGCGGACUCUUAGCAAAGAGCCAGGCAUUUGGCACAAUAGAAACUCGGCUGCAUAGAGCCGAGUUCAAAUUGCAUUACACAAGGACAAUGGCAGCAAAUGGCAGUCAUUUGAGUUUCUGCCACAGCAAACAAUGGGAUGCUGGACACUUUCAUUUGUUUAUUGCAUUAUUUAUUUGGACAGGUGCAAGCUGGCCAUGCAAAAUUGAAUCUUGCUCCUAGAUAUUCCUUUGCAAAGCUUUGUUGGACCAGUGCAUAGGGAUAAGCGAAAACAUGCAUAUCCUAGCAGACUCUAAAUCUAUUUAUGUCUUCAUUAUUGUAGAUUAAACAGUCCACAAAAGUGGAAAGCUCUGUCUCUGUAGUGUGCUACUAAAUGAAACUGUUUGGGCCAGGUACAGUUAUGAAUUUUCUGGAAAACUUUAGAAUUGGGAAAUUUUCUGCAAAUUUUUACAUUACCUUAUGCAAAUUUGAAUAGGAUAAUUUACAUUGGAAAGCUUCCAGCUUUCUUCGGAAAAUAUUCUGAAGGCCUAGCUUAGUGAUCUAAUCUAGCACGUAUAUUUUUCUUGAAUUUGGUAAAGAAAGAUAAGCACUUUGAAAUUGUGCCAGGCUUAUGUAACACAGCAAGCCUGCAAUUUAACACAGGGAUUAUGUUCCAGGGAUCGCACCUAAAGCCAAAAUCGCAUAUAGGGAAAACACAUUGGGUUUAAUGGCAGGUGGGAUUGCCAAAGUCUGUAUUUGCACCCAAAAGUAAUAUACUUGUGUUCUUUUUGCUGCUGCAUGGAAUAAUGCAUGAACCAGACCUUUGGCUUUAGUAAGUAAAGCAUUUUUAACUUACUUACGAGUGUGUGGUCUGUUCAUUGGCAGAGAGAUAGAGAGAGGUGGGGGCAAGAGCUUUAAAGCAGACUAAACAGGAUUUGCAAAAGAAUUUAACAAUUUAUAUUCCAUGUUAUACUGUUGCUUAAUUCUGAGAGUGUUUUUAACCCUGGUGGGUGCUCUCUCCCGCUGGAGAAUGCAAAUCCCCACAUUUUGAAAGAAAAUACAUCCCCCUGCCUGAAAUUACCUGAAACCUAUUUGGAAGGUUGUGGGGCUUUUGUGAACUACGUGGGAUGGGGUGAAUCUGUGCAGGGAGUGAUCAGGCUUGAACCCCACAUUGCAUCCCCCCCCCCAUGAUAUCUCCUUAUAGAUUUGGUCAAUUUUAACUGCUUUUAGAGCUGCUUACGUUUGAGGAGAGUUUCUCCUAGGAUGAGCAACCACUUUUUAAUUAGCCCUGUGGAAAUGUCAUAUAAACCAGCCAUUGGACAAACAGUCAGUGUCAACAGCAGCAAAAAGCCUAGUUAAACUUCUAGAAGUUCAGAAGCUUAUUAUCCAAGGCAAUGUUGCAGUCGCCUAAUCCCCACCAACUGUUCUGUGUUCAGUUGCCCUGACAAAUUCCGUAUAUAAGCCUUCAGGCCUGCCUUUGUUGUGUUGCAUCUUCACCCACCCAGCGACUCAGUUUCAUCCUUUUUCUUUUUCUCUCACCUGGCUUAAGGUUUUCAACAUGCUGCCAAAUGAGCCUUGUUCACACAUUGCGACAAUUUAUUUAUGUGAAGUAUUUCUUAGCUGCUGUUCAUCAAAAGAUGAACCAGGGUGUUGUGCAAAAGUGUGAAUGAAAUUCUGCCUAUGUACAGAUACGAUUUUAAACCAACAAAUAAACAUAAUACAAUGAAACAAGGAGCCUUUUGCCACCCGAGGCCCUUCUCCCCCUGCUUCCUUUGAGGGAGUUGAGCAUGGUGGCAAUGCAAGAAUAGGCCUUUUCGGUGGUGGCUCCCCACUUGUACAAUGCUCUCUCCUGGAAGGCAAGCCUGGUGUUAAAUGCUAAAAUAUUGCUGUACAUUCAGGCCUUUGAUCAUUAAUCUGAAGGGCGGUGAGUGAGCGGGUUUCGGCCUGUUUCGGUGCUCAUUUUCUUAAAAGGAUUUGCCCUUUUAUAAUUAAUCUUGGAUGAGCAUGCUUAGCUGUUGUGCUUUAUAUGGGUUUUUUAAGCUUUAUGUUGUAAAUUGCUUUGGAAUACUCCUUGGUGUGAAAUGGCAAAUAAAUGAAUAAAAACUCAAAGGCUGAAAAUAGGUUGUAGCGUAAUUCCAGAAAAUACAGGGGUAACAUGUGACUUAUUUCCUUCAUUCUCACAAGGACUAGAUGGUGAGAAAUGAAGCCUAGAGUAGGUGCAUGGUGUGUUUUAUGUGCAACCAUGAUAAGGUGCAAGAACCUUGCCCUCUCUUGCCAUUGGUCAUCCAGCUGGGAAUUUUUAAAAGAGACCAAGUAGGUCAACAGAAGCUAGGAUGGUGGUUCUAGACCCCAUGAAGUCCAGUAUCUCUCCCCCGGUGGCACCAGUUCCCCACCCUCACCCCCCAGCCCCAGCAUUGCUUUCCCUUUACCACCAUAGUUGGUAGGCAAAAUAUUCUAAACUGAUCAAAUGUAUUUAUUGUAACACUAGUUCUGUGCCACCUCUGUGCCAAAUACAAACCGUUUCCAACAUAAGCUACAAUAGCAUUUAAACCAUACACAUGUAUGGAACAAUUGAUUGAUUGAUUGAAGACCAUCAUACUGUACUAAUUGUUAGGGAUCGCUUUUUUGUUUUGCAGAAUGGCAUUUCAAAGAAAUGGGAUUUCAUGAGGACACAUGACAGGUAAAUUUUGCAGCAUUUUUUUCUUUUACUCUUCUUUUUUCUUCAUCCAAUCAAUUUUCUCUCUCAUCUUAUCUGUCUGUCUAUCUAUCUAUCUAUCUAUCUACAGUGGUACCCCGCAAGACGAACGCCUCGCAAGACGGAAAACCCGCUAGACGAAAGGGUUUUCCGUUUUGGAGGCGCUUCGCAAAACGAAUUUCCCUAUGGGCUUGCUUCGCAAGACGACAGCCCAUAGGAAAUCUCAGGGACAGCGGGGAAGCGCAGCGCGUCUUCCCCUCUGUCCUCGGACCUCCUCCGAAGCCUGGCGGCGGGGCGGGGACACCUCCUCCCGCCGCCGCCGGGCUCGGAAGGCUCCUCCGAGCCGGGCGGGGGGAGGGAACACCUGCCGCCGCCGCCCGGCCCGGGACGGUGCUCCGAGCCGGGCGGGGGGCGGGAACACCUGCCGCCGCCGCCCGGCUUCGGAACGGUGCUCCGAGCCGGGCGGGGGGAGGAAGACCUCCCGCCUCUGCCCGGCUCGGAACGGUGCUCCGGGCCGGGCGGUGGGGAGGGAAGACCUCCCCGCCGCCCGGCUUCGGAACGGUGCUCCGAGCCGGGCGGGGGAGGGAACACCUGCCGCCGCCGCCCGGCUUCGGAACGGUGCUCCGGGCCGGGCGGGGGGAGGAAGACCUCCCGCCGCCGCCCGGCCGGGCGGUGCUCCGGGCCGGGCGGGGGAGGAAGACCUCCGCCGCCGCCCGGCCCGGAACGGUGCUCCGAGCCGGGCGGGGGAGGGAAGACCUUCUGAAGGCGGGCGGGGGCGAAGUCUUUGCUCCCCCUGCCUGCCUGUCCCGGAGGGCUUUUGAAGGCGGGGGAGCAAAGACUUCGCCCCCGCCCGCCUUCAGAAGAGGUCCAGGACCUCUUCUGAAGGCUGGCGGGGGCAAAGUCUUUGUCCCCCUGCCUGCCUUCCCAGGGGCUUUAAAUUGCCCCGGACAGCGGAGAAGUCCUCCGCUGUCCCGGGUGAUUUUAAAUGCCGCCCGCCAGCAUUUUAAGAUCGCCCGGACAGCGGAGAAGUCCUCCGCUGUCCCGGGGUUUUAAAAUGCUGGGGGUGGGAAGAAAAGCCCUUGCCCCCCAGCCUUCAGAAGAGGUCCGGGGACAGACUGUCCCCGGACCUGGUCUGAAGGCGGUUUCCCUAGGAACGCAUUAAUUGAUUUUCAAUGCAUUCCUAUGGGAAACCGUGCAUCGCAAGACGAAAAACUCGCAAGACGAAGAGACUUGCGGAACGAAUUAAUUUCGUCUUGCGAGGCACCACUGUAUCUAUCCACUUAACAGUCUUAUAGCACUUCUGAUUGUUCCCAUUCAUCAUUCUUUGUAUACCAAACCCUCUAAGGUGAGCCGGUUGUCCUUUAAGGCCUGGCAUAAACUAAGAGUUAGAGAGAGAGUAUUGCUUAAGGACAUUUGGUAAAUUCACAGCAGAGGCAAAAUUCAAACCAGAGAUUUCCUGAAUUAUAGUUCAGUCUCUUAACCAGUUUGAUCUAAUCCAUGCAUCCAUUUGGUUGUGUACAAACAGCAAAUCUCUGUGAAAGGUCUGACACUUAUACCAUCCUCUCAAAGGGGAACAGUGUAUCAGAAAGGAGGUUUCAGCUAGACUAGAAGAGAUUUAUGUGUUUGGGUUUGGGCUGAUAUGUUGGUUUUAGCCAUACAGGGAAAUUCAAAACAUGGCAAUGCAUUCAAGCAUACCAUCCACCCCCCAAUCUUCAUUCUGACGCAGUACAUUUUCUGUAUGAACCAUUCCUCAUUCCCCUCCUAGUAGUUUGAAUUGGCUUUCUGGGCCAAAUCAGAUGUGAUAUUAAUAGACUAAUAGAUUGGGGCUGCAUCACACGGAGAGGGUAAGUUUAACCCUUCCCGGCUGCAUUCCUAUUGAAACCCCCCACGCUUCUGUUAGCCAUAUACUGUAUUGAAAAAAGCUUUCCCCCGCCUCCCACGCAUCUAUUAUUAAAUUUCAAAAGCCCUGACGUGUUUCCAAGUGAUGCAUUUAGUGUCACGUCUAGUUUGACCCUUGGUUUAGACUGUUUGUAUGCCCACAGAGGAAGGGAGUUCCAAGCCAGGGAACACACUUCAAAAACAUCACUGUUCAGCUUGGAGAAGAGAGGCCAGUCUCCAGAGGUUUCCUUUGGGGGAUUAGAGAGAUCAGUGAAUUGCUGGAAAUGCAGUACCUCGCUACGCCUUGCUGUUCUCGAACAUAAUAACUUCAUAAAUUGUUUCUCCAGCAUAUAACACUUCAUAAGUAUUGCGGCUAUGAUACCUAGCAGCCUUUUAAAGGAGGGGGGAUUACAGAGAAAAGCUCACUAAAUAUGUUUUCUAGAAGGGCUGGGUGGGGUUUUUUUUUUUGCAAUUAUAGUUUUUAAAGGACUUUUUCACAGGACGUUUUUAAAAUAGCUGCUUGCUGUUUUACAUGAUUGCAUAAGGUGCACGUGUCACACCAGUCAUCUCUGGUCACAAAACAUUUGUUGCCUUCGCAUGUGCAGCAGCUGUCAUCCUGCAACUUUUUUUGUGACUACAGAUCACAGCAUUCAACUGUGAGCGUGCCAAGCCAUCUUGCUCUGCACUGCAGCCUUUCUACCAUCGUAGGAAUACAAAGGGCUUCUUCACCCCAGGCCCCUAAGCUUGUCAUCUGGAACUGCUAAUGCAGAGAUCAAUUUUAUUUUUGGGUAGAACUCACUGUGGAUGCCUCCUGCGCUGCAAGCCUCUUGCGUUCUUUUUUUAUUUAUUUCUUGGCUUGACCAGUUUCGUAAUCUGCCCUUUCUCAAACGUGCAGCACGCAUGGGGGUCGCCCGAUUUGCUUAUCCUGGCAACAUACCCAGAUCCUUCAACCAUUCCUCAUAAGACUUGGUUUCCAGACGUUUGAUCAUCUUGGUUGCCCUCCUCUGCACACCUUCCAACUUGUCAACAUCCAUCUUAAAUUGUGGUGCCUGGAACUGGACACAGUAUUCCUGGUACGGUCUAACCAAAGUAGAAUAGAGUAGGACUAUCACUUCCUUGAUCUGGAUACUACUGUUGAGGCAACCUAGAAUAGCACUAGCUUUUUUUCUUUUCUUUUCUUUUUGCUGCUGCAUCACACUGUUGACUCGUGUUAAGCUUGUGGUCCACUAAGACCCCUAGAUCCUUUUCUAAUGUUGAAAGCAGUCAAUUCCAGGCACUAGAGGAAGGAUUGUGGGUGACGGGCGAACUGUUCUGGCCUCUAAUACAGAUGCUCCAUGCACUGAACAAGCAACAUAAUGCUCACAUAUUAACUCAACUCCCUUGCAUUACAAAGCUAUACAUGCCACCGGCAUUGAAAACUCAUGUUCAUUUCAUUGGCGCCUAUGCAAAAGACGUUGCUCCUCUCGGUCAAAUUGGCUGUGGCUAAUGAUGUUGAGAUUUGAAUUACUGAAACCAUUGUACUACUUUUUUUACAGAUUCAUUCAUUAGUCUUUCCACGUUGUUUACUCCUCUUUUCCUUUCCUUUUUAAAAUCACAACUGGAGAUCAGUUGCCUUUGCGGUCUCAAUUGUGACGCAGUGCGUUAAGCUGUGGGACCAUGCUAAAAGAAAGUUUCCUUUUUUAGUAGUGAUGCAUUAAGAUCGCAAAAUAAGAUAUUUUGAAUGCGCUCAUAAUAUUCUAAAUUAAAGUAAUCACUAAAGAUAACAGGAUUCCAAAACUACUUGGCCUUCAAUCCCAGGUCCAUGCAUGUGGUAGAAACUACUGAGCAUUUUUUUUUUUAAAGAACCAAGCUCAUUAAAUUAGCCAAUGUGAGCAUAUACCAGAUCAGUCUUUCCCAAGCUGGUGACCUACAAGUGUUUUGGAUGAAAACUGCCAUCAGUACCAACCAGCACUGCUGUCCUAGAUAAAUACACCUUUCUAAGAUAACAUUCAUAAGGUAGUUUUAAAGCACAUGCCCACCUCUGAAGAAUUUACCAUAUUUUUCACCCUAUAGGACGCACUUUUUCCCCUCCAAAAAUGAAGGGGAAAUGUGUGUGCGUCCUAAGGGGCGAAUGCAGGCUUUCGCUGAAGCCUGCAGAGCGAGAGGGGUCGGUGCGUACCGACCCCUCUCGCUCUCCAGGCUUCAGGAAGCUAUCUGCAAGCCUUGGGAGAGCUGCGCGAAGUUGCACAGCUCUCCCACGGCUUGCAGAGAGCUGCCUGCACCCCGAAGCCUUGGGGGCGCACUGAGCUCAGCGCUCCCCAGGCUUCGGGCUUUGCGCAGCUCUCCCACGGCUUGUGGAGAGCUGUCUGUUCUGGGGGCUGGGGUCGGGGGAAGCUCGGGCUUCCCCCGCCCCAGCCCCGCGCCUGGGGGGGAAAUAAUUUUUUUCCCUUUAUUUCCUCCCCCCCCAAACUAGGUGCGUCCUAUGGGCCGGUGUGUCCUAUGAGCCGAAAAAUACUGUAUAUUAUAAACUGCCCCUUGCUCUGCCCUGCAAUAAAUAAUAAUAGUGUUGUUAACUGCAGUUUGUUAAGGGUGCUGGGAGUGGUAGCUCUCUGACAGAGGCUGUGUGUGCACCAUAAAUUUAAAGCACAUGAUUAUGCCCAAAGAAUUCUGGGAAUUGUAGUUUAUCCUUUACAGAGCUACUCUUCCCUGGCACCCUUUAAAUGUAUGCAGGUGUGUCUAAAAUGCAUGCUAUAUAUGCAGCUGAAAAGAAAGAAGUCAUAAGAUCCUUUUGCAGGUUUGGGAGGUCUGAGUCGCACUUUUUUCACGUCAGCCCUCAGGCAUAGCACCCUUAACCUUUGUGGGCUUAAUGAUCACGUACAGAAGAGUCCCCGCAAAAACGAGAGGCAAGCCUCAGACUGAGGCAAGGUAAAGGGAGUUUUUGCAGAGUCAAAACGAGAGAAAAAAACUGUAACAUGUUUCCAUAAAAACUUCACGCUUUAAAGAAUUAUUAUAGGAACCUUCCCACAUCUUUCAGGAAACCUGUAAACCAGGGCUUCCCAAACUUUUUUCAUGUUGGUGACACACUUUCUAGAUGAGCAGUUCAGUUUUACUAGCAAACCGGAGGUUAAACUCACUCGUUUUCAGCCCUGGGAGGAGCACGGGGAGCGUUCGCAUGACAUACCUGCACACUGCAGCCGACACGUGUCACAACACACAGUUUGGAAAGCUCAGUUGUAGACCAACAUAUUUUAUGCAUCAUGUCUGUUUGUUUUUAAUUGCGACUUUUUGGAUGCUGCCACAAAAUACCCAUAUUUUAACUUUUCAAGUACUAAAUUUAAACAACAGCUGCACACAAAGGAAACCUUUUUGUUCUGUUUUUGUUACUGGCGCUUCUCCUAGAUCUCCUGCUGUCAUACUGUAAGGCCAAAAGGUUCUGGGUGGCCUCCAAACCCCAGCAACCUUCCCACUAUUUGUCGAACUGUGUAUUAUGCAAUUCACACAAGACCCUGCAAAAUAGCCAGUGCAUGUGAUAACCCACCUGGGAACUCAAUUCAUGUUGAAAGCAUUGAAUACACUGGGCCUGCAACGUACACUCAGUUUACAUAUAUGUGAUCACUACCUUACAUGGAUGGAGGAAUGAAUAAAUAAUAAAAGGAGAGCAGGGGAAGCCUACCAUUCCCCGUCCUCCAUUGAUUUAUUCCCCCCCACCUGUGCACCAGCAGGUUUUCCUUGUUUACCGGGCUCUGGGAAGGUCACCAAUAAGCUGCCAGAGCCCUCAUGAUGCCCUUCCCAGAGCCCUGUAACUGAACAAAUCAGGCUUUUCUAUCGGACAUAGUGGGAGGUACCAGCCGAAGUACCUCUCCAUCAUCAUGCAAUGGGAUUUGGCAGCCCAGUAAUUACACGAGCCAAAAUGAUAAAAAGCUCGAGUGGAUCUUUGAGUAAUGCUAAAUAUUUUCAACAUAUUCUGAAUGGGGGGGGGGGGGGGGUGGAGUUCAAAGGAGACCAAGCAAACAUGCUGAAUGAAAACCAAACAAGGGGAAUUGUUACAAGAGGGAGGCUUGUUCAUACUUGGGCCUCGAAGGCUUACAGGGAGACGAGUGCUCUUUAUAAACAUGUAAAGAGAUCUUUAAAAACAGACAGGUAUCAAUUAUCUUCCUUGGCCACCGCGAACAGAACAAGUAGACAUCUGAAGCUGAAGACAGAACAUUUCAGGUUAAACAUUAAGGAAAAGCUUUUUGAACAAGCUGCGAAGGGAUGUUGUGCAAUCAGCAGGGUUUGGAAGCUGGUCGAGUCUGGACUUGACAUCUCUUUAUCAAGGAUGAUGCAGGGAAUAAUGAAUUUCAUCCUGCCUUUGUAGAGAGGAAUGAGCCAAAGAACCAAAUAUCUUUCAACUGAGAUAACUAUCUGAUUUGUAUGUAUCACACGUUCAUAAUUAUCCUUUGGACGGGACCUUAAUUGGAACAUAGGGAGCUGCCUUAAAAUGAAUCACAUGCAGCUCUCGGGUCUUCUCAGCCCUUGGGCUUCCCCCAAGCCAUGCCUCUCCCCAGGCCACACCCCUUUUCCCUAGGCCACACCCCAGCCCUGCCCCACACACUUCUCAAGAGCUUUUGUCUGUCUGGAAUGUGCCCUUGAAGCAUGAUGGUGCCUCUUGCUCACCUGGAAGAAUUGAGGUGUGCAUUUAUGGAACCAUCUGCUUUUUGUGUGGUUGAGACAAUGCCUCUUUGACAAAGGUGAGAUUUUCAUCCAUUGCACCACAGGUUGGAUGGAGGCUAGCAAAUAACACAGCCUGUUGGGUUGGCCCUCCUAUAGCGUAUAAAUUUAUUUUCAGUUAGAGUCCAGUCCUAAAGGCCAGGUCCCUUGGAUUAUUACACUACUAACAAAUUCAGGGGAAUGGACAUUAAAGGCCAGCCAUUGCCAGCAUGGCAAGUAACUCUGCAGAGCUAUGCUGUUGCCAUAGAUUUGGUUGGCAUCAAAGCCCUGGCAAUGACCACUCUUGGCAGAUGUGGAUGUGCAAAAUUGUAUCGUGGCACAAAAAUAUGGAUGGGUGGAAGACUGAAAGAUAGGGCAGUGCUUCCAGAUUUCCGAAAGCUGAGAAAUACCGUAUUUUUCACUCUAUAAGACACACUUUUUCCCUCCUAAAAAGUAAGGGCAAAUGUGUGUGGGUCUUAUGUGUGUGCUCUUCAAGGCAGGGGGAGCCUUCAUCCCGCUGCCCUGAAGAGGCUUUGCACAGCUAUCCCAGAAGCCAGAACAUCAAGAGGGAUCGCUGCACAGCGAUCCCUCUUGCUGUUCUAGCUUCUGGGAUUCAGAAUUUUUUUCUUUCUUGUUUUCCUCCUCCAAAAACUAGGUGCUUCUUAUGGUCUGGCGCAUCUUACAGAGCGAAAAAUACGGUACUCUCUUUUUCUGAAUUAAAAUGGGAAGCUUGCUUCCCUUUACUCAAAAUUCAAGUAGAUGGAUCAGGUAGUAGGUGAUGGGAAGACCUUGUCUGAGGCACUGAAGAGCCACUUCCAGUCAGAGUAGACAACAGAAUAGGCAAAUGGACAAUUAAGGCAACUACCAUCUUUCUACUUUUUCAUGGCACACUAGUGUGCACAGCUUAGGAAUUACUCUUAGAGAGAGUUUAAGGUGUUUUGUCAACGGACCACAUGAAAAUCAUUUCUACUGAGGGUCUGCAGUGGUUCUUUGUUAACCUGCAUAAUGAGGCAAACCAGGGUGAAUUGAAUAAUGAUAUCAUGUUCCUUGGAUUGCACCAUUGACAAGAUGCCGUGAGUGGGAUCAGGGAUGCUCUAAACUUCCAAGUCACUUUGUGGCAUUGCUUUAUCCAGAAAGUUAGAUGCACAAACUUUUCUUCCAUCCCUUUUCUGAGAAGUUAAGCCAGACUCAUUGGGGAAACACUAGCAUUCAAAAGGGGAAGGAGUAAAGAGGAAAAGAAGGGAUCUUUUGCUUUGAUGGACUGGUCUAGUUUUUAUCCCCAGUGAAUUAUUGUCACCCAAAUAACAAAUCUAAUUGGAACACCACAGAGCAGAUCCAAAACAGACACAAGGUGAAUCUUGCGUUCACGGCACACCCUUAGUUUCUAAAAAGCUGUCUCCACAUGCACUGCACAGAUUGCAACCAGCAGGCAGGAGACCGGGUCUGCCAUCGUGGCAACCAGUGCAAGUUGUUCUGUGUGCCAUCGCAGUUUUGGAUUCCUUCAGGGUUAGAGUGUUAACGUAAUGCAUUGGAGGGUGGGGGUGGCAAGACAGUUUUUACACAUAAUCAAAGGUCAUUGCAACACGUGUCACAAGCAACACCCCAAAAAAAAGCUGAGUGAAGCUAUAAGCACAAUAGAUUUCAAAUUUUAUUUAAAUAUUCCCUGCGCCUCCGCCUUAAAAUGAUUUGGAACAGUAAGGUCUCCUUGCCUUGCGGAUCCUGGGAUGUGGGCCAAAGUAUCUCACACAGAGAGACAGUAUAUUGUACUUUAAAAUGCUGUGACUGAUGCGGUGUAUUGUAUACAAAAUGUUGGCCCGACAGCCCACUUCCCUUUUUUGUUGUUGCCUAAUUUCUUACACUCUGUAUUUUAUCCAUUAUUACACACAAACCCAUGUUGCUGAGCGUCUGUUUGUUUUAAAAAAUGUCCUUCGGCACCUCAUUCUUCUAUACACUGAUUAAAUAAAACGCCGUAGGCAGCUCAAGCCAAUGUAAUAAUCUGUAGCUGUGGUUUAUGUUUCAAAGAUAGAUGCUUCUGGGAUUGUUAUUACGCCUUAAAAAUUAUUGCUACUCCUCAUUCUCUUGCAAGGCUGAUUGUUAAAGGAGCAGGGCUUGUUGCUUGUGGCGUCACAAGGAAUAUCUUGCUAAAGUAACAACCCCCCCCCCCCCAAUUCACGCUGUUGUUGUUUUAACCUUCCUAUGCACAAAUGACCCUGUAGGUGCAUAAAUAUAUACAUAUUAAAAAAAAAUUCAUUUUGCUCUUGUUAGUUCAUAUUUUAUGCAUGUUUUGUACAAUAAAGGGGUUCUGUGGUGUUUCAACAGAGAUACAUGGACACACACGCAAUGUGAAUGUUUAACUAGAAGAGUUUUGGAAUCAUUUAGGCUUCAGUUAACAUUAAUGAGGGGCAGGAAACCACUGUAAUUAAGUUAUUGCAGGGGUUGCAUUAAAAAUUUUGAUUUGUUUUUGGCAUCCGUCUGUCUCAGGAAACACUGGAAGAGUGUGCCUUCAGGGGUGAAGUCAAACAAUUGGAGAGUUAAGAGUGCCUUCUUUGGGAGGAGAGACAUCCUUUAUUGCAGGUUAUAUUAUAAUUUUGAUUAUAGCAUUGCUAUUCCUACUUUAUGUUGAUGCAGGAUUUCCGAUAAGGAGGUGUUAAUGCUUCAGUAUUUUUUAUUCAUGUAUCCAGAAGGUAUUUAGUGAAAUGGAAAACUGCAGGAAGAAGGUAUCAGGAGUCCAUGGCCCAAUCUUGAAGUGAAAUGCAAACUGUGCCCCCCCCCCACUACUUUGCUGGAUACAGUGAUUUGAUAUAUAGGUUUGUUGAGUAACUAUGUUGUGCAUAAACCAUAGUUUCCUUUAUUCAGAUUAAAAACCAGUAAACCGUAGUUUGUUCUCUACAAACUGAAUGGUUUAAACCAGAGUUUUCCAAACUGUGUGUCGUGACACGUUCGUGUGUCGGCUGUCGUAUGUAGGUGUGUUGCACGAACGCUCCCAGCGCUCCUCCCAGGGCUGGAAAGGGGUUAGUUUAACUUCCGGUUUGUUAGUAAAACUGCAUUACUGUGUCACAAAAUGAUGCAUGUCUAAAAGGUGUGUCACCAACAUGAAAAGUUUGGAAAGCUCUGGUUUAAACUUUCUCCCGUCAAGUGUGGAAAAAGAGGGGGAUUUGUUGUUCUGUUUGAAUUAGGCCUCUAGUACCCCAUAUAAAUUAAGAUUGAGGUCCUUAAGACCCCAAAUACCAUCACUGUUAUAAAUUUACUCCUGCACAAUAAGCUACAAACCUCAAUAUAAUCUCGUAGCACUUGCGUCAAACAAGAGUCAUUGCCAAAUAUAUCUGCUACUGGAUUGUGGUUUAAAAAAGAAAGGAGCCCUUUGACCACAACGUCAGGUUAGUAGUGUUUUGUAUCGGCGCAGAAAAGUUAAAAUGUACUUGGCAAAUCUACGAUUGUAAUACAUUUUUUAAAAAUGUACGUUGCAUGUUGAAUUUCUUUUUUUGGGAGGGUGUUGCAAAAACCAUUUCUUUAGGGAUAGCCUUUUAGACCUCUCUAAUUGUCUUCCUUUUUGAGGGGCAGAGAGUCCACUUGGCUAUUAGUAGGAAAGGCUGAGUGUUUUUGUCAAGAGCUUAUGGCUUUGCGUCUCUGAGGGGCUGCAUCUUAAGUAGCCAUUUGGAAUGGCAUUGGCCUUUGGUGGGGGGAGCGAGAUGCAGCACGCUUUGAAGGAGCUCUCAAUGAGCCAACGAAAGAUUGUGCAGGCGUGCCCACAUUUAAUCCAGGGCCUGCCUGCAUUAAUGGUUAAAGCUCUGGGAAAGGAAAGGGGUUGCACCAGAAAAUAAUCAAAAGGCUGUAGCUUUAGUGCAACUGCCCUGGAGUUGAGUGGCUGUGUUUUCUCUUGCCUAAGCCGCUUGAUCUGCCUGCCUGAUUAAAGGACGUUAAUGUCACUCCAUUUAUCACAUUGAACGUUUAUAGUGUGUUGUUCUUAGUAGCCUUCUUCAAAAACUGUGCAUUGGUUGUAGUUGAGAAGUUAGUGAAUCUCUGUUUUGCUUUUUACCAGUUCCCUUUCCCCCUGGCUUUUCUCCAUUUGAGUCGCCACUCAACCAACUCGGUGCUUCUACAAUCUCAACACUUGAGAGUUAGUGUAAAGGACUGUUUUAGCUCUACAUCCAGUUUUAUCCUGAGACGAAGGCUGUAGUCCUAACCUGUGAAUAAGCACCAUUGAAUUCAGUAAUACUUCUGAGUAGACAAGGUUAGGACUGUGCUGCAACUGGUCGUCGUCCCCACCACCAGUAAUUCAGUAGCUUAUAAAGAUAUAACUGUCUCAUUCAGAUUUCUUUUUCUGGCAAUGGUUUCUGUUAAUGAGAUCCUCUGAUGUUUGGGUGGAACAUCCUCAAGCAGAGGGUAAGAAAAUGAAAUUCGAUGAAACUGUCAUACAUUGGGUUGCAGGUAACUCCUGCCCGCUGCUGUUGCCAAGAGUGCUUGCAAAAUCAAGAUCCAAGUCAAGGGAGGUUGUGGGCAAAGUUUGCAGAGCUCUAAUGACAAACCUAGACAGCAUCUUAAAAAGCAGAGACAUCACCUAGCCAACAAAGGUCCGUAUAGUUAAAGCUAUGGUUUUCCCAGUAGUGAUGUAUGGAAGUGAGAGCUGGACCAUAAAGAAGGCUGAUCGCCGAAGAAUUGAUGCUUUUGAAUUAUGGUGCUGGAGGAGACUCUUGAGAGUCCCAUGGACUGCAAGAAGAUCAAACCUAUCCAUUCUGAAGGAAAUCAGCCCUGAGUUCUCUCUGGAAGGACAAAUCCUGAAGCUGAGACUCCAGUAUUUUGGCCACCGCAUGAGAAGAGAAGACUCCCUGGAAAAGACCCUGAUGUUGGGAAAGGUGGAGGGCACAAGGAGAAAGGGACGGCAGAGGAUGAGAUGGUUGAAUGGUGUUCUCAAAGCUACCAGCAUGAGUUUGACCAAACUGCGGGAGGCAGUGGAAGGCAGGAGUGCCUGGCGUGCUCUGGUGCAUGGGGUCACAAAGAGUCGGACACGACUAAACGACUAAAGAACAACAACAAAGUGAGAUGCACUGAUUCUUCAUCUGUGCUGGAAAAGAAUGGAUAUGAAGUCAGGGCAGCAUCAGGUCAAUCACAAGGGCCCAUCUGAAACUUGCAGGAAGCAAUGUCAAAGGCUUGCUGAGGUCACUAGCUAAUAUGGGGGUGCAGGUAGCGCUAUGGUCUAAACCAUCAAGCCUCUUGGGCUUGCCAGCUGGAAGGUUGGCGGUUCAAAUCCAUGCAACGGGGUGAGCUCCCAUUGCUCUGUCCCAGCUCCUGCCAGCCUAGCAGUUUGAAAGCAUACCAGUGUGAGUAGAUAAAUAGGUAUCACUGCAUUGGGAAGGUAAACAGCUUUUUCGGGCACUCUGGCACUCGUCACAGUGUUCUGUACGCCAGAAGCAGUUUAGUCAUGCUGGCCACAUGAUCCGGAAAAGCUGUCUGCGGACAAACGCCGGCUCCCUUGGCCUGAAGCGAGAUGAGCUCCCCACCCCUUAGUUGAUUUCGACUGGACUUAAGCAUCCAGGGGUCCUUUACUUUUACCAUUACUAGCUAAAAUGGAAUCUGCCCACCCAUGAGACUGGAAAGGAGUAAGAAUUGAAGAAGGGAACAAAAGUCGAGCAUCAGUGAUAGGACACAGACACACAAAGCAAGACAAAGCAGGGAGAACUGUGCUGCGCCUCUCAGCUGAUCAACCCCCAAAUGGUCACCCAAAUGUGCCUUCCAAAGCUUGCUAGAGCGAGGAACAGAGAGCAGCACUGCGCCCCCAAAGCCGACCUGUAAACGUGCCUUGGAAUAGAUCACUCACGGAAGCUGGCAGAGAGGCUGUCAACACUGCCCACUGUACCAAGCCCAGAAGGAAUGGCAGCCAACACGGGGAGCGGAAGAGAUCCAACGGAGGAGAUCCACGAGCAAGGAAAAACAGGAGCUGUUAAAUAAUUAUCUAGGGGAUAAGGGUCCAUCAAGAAAGACCUGGUUAUGUUUAGAAUGAUACUGUAUAGGGAAAUGUUCCCUGAUACCAAGAUGAGGGAUUCUAUGGAAUGCCGAUAGAAUUGAUAAGAAUAAUGAUCUGUUGUGACCUUGACGGAAGCGUACAGUAGAUGAGCCUUCUUGUGUUUUUGCUCAUCUUCCUCUUUUUUUCUUUUUCUCCUCCUCCUCCUUUUUCUUUCCUUUUCCUUUUUUCUUUUUUCUUUCCCAUAAUGGCUUAUGUUGUAUGCCAUGUACUUGGAAUUUUUUGUAGUUUUUUAGCUUUUUUCAUUAUUAUUAUUAUUAGUAAGGAUUUUUCUUUUGUAAUUUUGGUUGUUUAUAUUUACAGUGGUGCCUCGGGUUACACACACUUCAGGUUACAGACUCUGCUAACCCAGAAAUAGUACCUCGGGUUAAGAACUUUGCUUCAGAAUGAGAACAGAAAUCGUGCUCCAGCGGCGCGGCAGCAGCGGGAGGCCCCAUUAGCUAAAGUGGUGCUUCAGGUUAAGAACAGUUUCAGGUUAAGAACGGACCUCCAGAACAAAUUAAGUACUUAACCCGAGGUACCACUUUAUCUGUAUUUGUUUAAAGCAAAAUAAAAGUAUUUUUUUGUUUGUUUUAAAAACAGGAGCUGGUGAGAGAGGAAAGAGGAGAUCUCCCGGCUGUUUCCCAUUUAAACUGAGCGGGCCACACCUCCAGACCAACCGGGUUGGUCAGCCUGGGAGUGACACAGCCGGAGCCCCCCAUUCGCGCAGGGCUGACCACACCCCUGCGCACAUGAAGGGGUCGUGAGUGCCACAACCCCACCUCCUCCUUAAGGCGGAAGUGGCUUUGCUCAGGGUAAAGGAUUGCAUGCUACUCCAGAAGUAUUAUCCUGCUGGGAGCUGCUUGGAGCAAUUGGCUGUCUCAGAGGGUGGAGCAUUGCAAGAUGACAAUGCCGUCGUAUCACAAACCCUUGAUGAGAAGCAUAGUUUCUGGAACAAAGUUCCCAGACGAGCACUCAGUCAGGGUCAAAUCUGCUGGUUCAAGCUUUGGGAUCCCUGACUCAGUGACUCGAGCAAUUGCAGUUCUCCUCUGAGCUCUCUGGUGCGAGCACUGAUCUCCUGAGUUUGCAGGAUUCAUGGGGGGAGGAGGAGUUGCUCCGGCCAAAGGGAUAUUCUCUUGACUUGAACGGGCGAGCCUUUGCAAGUGAGGGAGCAGUAUAUGCAGGUCAGAGGCACCCUCACUUCCCAAGGAGUUUUCUCUUCCCAUCGGCUCUUUCUGUCGUCUCUCAGCAUCCCAAUGGACCCGAAACAAAGUUUUGUUGACUGUAUUCUCCAGGGAGGGAGUAAGAACAAAAACAAAUUGUAUGCAUUUCUGGCAUGUUUGCACAUGAGACCUAUUGUUCGGGGCCUUUUGAUGUCAAUUUCAGAUUAAAUUCUUGUGUAUGCUUCAUACAUUCCAAGGAGACUCUACUCUUUUCCUGCCCUUGUGUUCUGCUUAGGCAUUCCCAUAACACAACACAGUGGCUGGAUCUAAUCUUUCGUCCAUUAUGGUGCCAAAUAUGUUGUCACUACAAUACGGGGGGGAAAUAUAAAGUCAUUUCAUUUGUUCAAAUAAACCUUUUAAUAAUGUUUGUGUGUACACUAUCCAAUGGUGAAAGCCCCCUCAUUAUCCGAAGAAAUCCAGGACAACUGGAAUCCACGUAGCACCAAAAUAGUUACUGUGUUGUCAGGUAAGGGUUCAACGUCCAUUAAAAUGCAAACAUGCCUCUGCCCCCCAAAACCUGGCUGUACAGUAUUCCUAAUUGUGCGUUGCUCCCUUGGAGCGUCUCCCGCAUCAAAAUGACAUUCACACACACACACACACACACACACACACACACUUUCACUACCUAGCCCCACCCCCCAUGCUAGACUUCACUAUCCUCCCCAAGCCUCCCUCAUUGGGGAGAGGACAACAGAUGCUGAGGUCUUAUUGCCAAACAAGAGACACUAUCUAUCUAUUUAUCUAUCUAUCUAUCUAUCUAUCUAUCUAUCUAUUAAUUAUACUCCACCCAUCUGGCUGGGCCUCCCCAGCCAUUCUGAGUGGCUCCCAACAGAAUAUUAAAAUCACGAUAAAGCAUCAAACAUUAAAAACUGCCUACAGAUGUUUUCUAAAAGUCAGAUACAGUGGUACCUCAGGUUAAGUGCUUAAUUCGUUCCGGAGGUCUGUUCUUAACCUGAAACUGUUCUUAACGUGAGGUACCACUUUAGCUAAUGGGGGCCUCCCGCUGCUGCCGCGCCGCCACUGCACAAUUUCUGUUCUCAUCCUGAAGCAAAGUUCUUAACCCGAAGUACUAUUUCUGGGUUAGCAGAGUCUGUAACCUGAAGCGUAUGUAACCUGAAGCGUAUGGAACCCGAGGUAUCACUGUAGUUGUUGAUUUCCUUGACAUCUGAUGGGAGGGCAUUCCACAGUUUGGGGGCCACUACCGAGAAGGCUCGCUGCCUGGUUCCCUGUAAGCUCACUUCUCACAGGGAGGGAACUACCAGAAGGCCCUCAGAGCUGGACCUCAGUGUCCGGGCUGAACGAUGGAGAUGGAGAUGGAGACCCUCCUUCAGGUAUACUGGGCUGAAGUGUUCAACCACAAGGCCAAGGCCAAAAAAAAGAAAAAGCCAAUGGAAGCUGGUAUGAGCAGGCCCAUUACUUAUCUCCCCCCCCCCAUUUAUCUUCUCAUUUGUCUGAUAUUUUGGGCAGCCUAACGAAGUUUCUCUGCAGGUGUGUUUGCAUAUUGCGCUAAACCAUGGUUUAGUGUGAUGCGCUUGAGCUGGAAUGAGCCCAAGCAAGCGUCAGACUUGUGCAGUUCCCGCGCCUUCCUCCGACAUAGCUAGGAGAAGGACUGGGCAGCAUUUACCUUCUGUUUCCCUUAAACUCAGCUUGUCAUAGUGUGAGAACAGGGGGCAUUGGUUUACAAUUAGCUGUUUGAACAAGCUAGUUUCCAUAAACCAUGGUUUGAAGUUCGCCUGGAGUCAGUGGCGAAGCUGCAUGCUCUGGCACCGGGGGCGGAGAGCAGGCGGGGGCGUGGCUGGUGCGCGUCCUGGGGGCGUGGUGGGGGUGUGGCGCGUGGUGGGGGCGGCCAUGACGGUACCCCCCCCAAUGGGGCCGGUGCGCUCCCUCUGCCCCCGUUCCUCUGCCAGUGCCUGGAGUUAGUGAUAAGCCUUAACCCCCCCCCCCCAGGUUCACAAGGGCUUGCCACUUUUAAGGGAAACUGAAAGUAAAUUAUCUGAAGCCUAGUUCUCUCAACCUCCUUAAAUAUCUGACGGUAAACAAACAUUUCCAAUUUAGAACAAGAAAACCCCUUUCAUCAGUGUUCAAGGAAGCUAAACUAUUAAUUGAACUAACAACUAAUUUGGCUUUUUGCAGAUACUUUGUUAAGUUUCACAAAUCUUCCGUGUUUCAGCGUUCCCUGUUGUCUCAAGAUGGCACAGAAAGGAGACAGUUGUAAUGAAAACACUAUUCCAUUCAAGUUUAAUUUGAUCUUGUUCCUUAACUUUGACAGCUUGGUUCUGAUUGUUCCAUCUGUUCUGUGGACUGAAUCGGGGGGGGGGGAUAAUAACCCAUUCUUCAGUGAGUUGACACAUGGUACUUCGUUUUCAAGUCAUCGUUAUUCUCUCUUUCUUUCUCUUUGUUAGAAUAUAAAUUCUAAUUUCGCGAGCCUUUUGAAAAUGUAUUACUCGUGUAGUAUCCAAUCAUUAUGGCUGUGAUAAAAAGCAGGAACACAUAUUAAAAACCCUUGAGAGGCACAUAACUCCUCUGUGAGAUCAGAUAUGCAAAAUUUCUGAAAACUAUGCAGCCAUUUAUGGGGGAGAGUAUAGCCCCUCCCCCCAUCUUUGAGAGAAGUUGAAAUAUUGGCAAGAAUUUCUUUCUUAUGAUCCAUAAAUUUCCUUUAUUACUUUGUUUGCUUCUCAUAAUCCCAGACUGCACUCCGAGGCUUAAAACCUGAAGAUCUUCUGCAUUCUACAAUAUUUGGAAAUGCUUUUUCCAGCAUCGCCUUAAGAGUGUUGCUUGCUUAGCCAUCCAGUCGGAAGCAGCAGCAAUAUUGCAAAAUUUCAUUUUAAAAGCCUUUGUUCCUCAUUCCGAAAGAGAAAAUACUUCAUCGGAUGGUUUUAACCCUCCCCUCGAAAUUUAUCGUUUUGCCAUUUCUGGCCCGUCUAUGUGUGGAAAAUAUUUUUCCUAGCUUUUUCUCAGGUUCUGUCAUUGGCUUCUCACUGGCCAUUGGGGGCAAAAUGAGACAGGAUGUGCCUCUUGCCGUGACAAUAUUCAUGACUUCCUCUCCAAAUGCCCUGCAUCCCUGAGAGAUACUAUGCAGGCUACCUGUUGUGUAGGAAGGCGACAUGUUCGUAGGGCAGUUGCCUCUACCCCUGUUUGCACUCUGCAGAAUUCAACUAGAAUCAUAAGCAAGCAAAUUGUAUUGCUUGUGUUGACACCCAUAUUCAUUCAUUCUCGACAGCUUGGGGGCCUUUGGGAGACUGAAUGGACUGCAGUUAUUGGAGACUCUGAUUCAUGCGUGGUCAGGUCCUUAGGCUAUUACCGAUUUGGCUCAUAGAAAGCAAUACCCCAUGUCAUAGUGGGGGUUUUUUAUAAGGAAAAAACACUGGGGGUUACCCCAGUGUUUCUGCCUUUGGGAGACAGAUAGAAGAGGCAGAAAGGUGGGGGGAGGGAGGAAGCAGGCAAAACAAUAUCAUUGAAAUGCAGUGCUAUGGAGGCUGCUUUUUAUUUUUAUUAAGGUUGUGGUUAAUUUUAAUAAUCUCAAACAUAACCACAUUUCACAUUGUGCAAAUCUCACAGAUGAAGAAUUAAAGACAAGCUUUCUCAGCACUAUGGUAUUGUAUAACUCCUUGAUAAUCACCUCUCUCUUUUAUGUUCUCCGUAACCCUUCAGUCGCCUUGAACAGAUUCCUGGGUCUUUGAAACAGGGCAAGGUAUCAGUCAAAAUUAAUAUUCGGUAGUCAACAAGUUAUCAUGGAACUCUAAUAUAUACAUCAAUUAACAAAUAUGCUUGACAGUUAGUUGGCAUUAAAUCCGGCUAGAAAAACCAGGAUAAAAUCUCUUCCAUAUAAAAAGCAUGGAAAAAAUUUGUAAGAAGCUUUAUACCUCCCAAUUUCCAAAGGGAAAUGAGGAAGAACAGGUUGUGAGGGUGGAAAUUCGUCAGCCCUUCAUUUUGUCCCAUCUGUGCUUGGGGAGGAAAGUCGCUCUGGGCUCAGUGGAUCUUACUUUUAUGCAGUUUUAUGACUGGGCUGGGUUUUGUAUAGAUCAUGUCACCCUCGGAUACACAAUUAUUUGUCUGCCUUCCAGAAACUGCCAUAACUUACACUGAACCCAUAUUAUAGGGAGAGGAAAUGUGUGUGUGUGUGUGUGUGUGUUGCUCACAGCAUAAUUUGUGUUAAGUGUCGUAGCCUCCAAUUCUUAGCCAUUUUGCAUGUGCAAUGCUUUUAGGCCUUUUAGACUACUGGUGAAGGGCUUCUUGAGAUUGACAAGAUAAUUCCAAGGCACUUAGAAUUGGUUAAGGGAUGUUAUUUAGAGUCAGUUGGGGAAAUGAAUUUAGAAAGACGGAGAAAAGGAGAAUAUUAAAAGCUUUCUAUAGCCUCAAAUAGUGUAUACCUCUUUGAGUUUUCUUGCAAUCAAGCAUUGCGUACAUUUUAUGAAAUAAGUAAGUACAUUUUGAUCAUUACUUAUUAUUAACGUGAUAGGGAACAAUUUGAUUAAUAAGAUGAAGCUUCUUGAUUAUUUAAUUCUUCAGUGAUUAUUUGCAAACCUUUUUGACCACAACUGUCUCUGAUGCUUUCUUGUCUUUGAUGUAAAAUAACUGCCGGAACCUCUUGCCCAUCUUGAUAUAAGUUUCUGUUCACUUCUGUGCGUCAGAGUGACAACAGUUGCUCCAGAGAAGUUUCACAGAAAUCAGCAAAGAUGGUCCCAAAUGACUAACUGAUAUGCCAGUCAUACACGCGCCAUUUCUUUUGUUGAUGGCAACUGCUUCAACAUGCCGAAAAUGUUGGCGGUCUGGCAUAUGAUGGAAGUCUCAAGCAACCAAGCCUCUGUUUCAUACCCUACAAGAUGUACUGAUUGUAUAAGAGUUGGGGGUCUUUAUGCAGCCAAGAAACGAUAUCACUAGGCACAAGGGAAUUGCAAGGUCUGCAGAAAAAGCAUAAAAAUAUUUAGGAAAAAGAACCAGGGGCAGCUGCUUGGAAAAGCCGUCCCAUGAGGAUGGAGCAUGCUCAGUGAGCAUGGAAUGCUGGGAACAGGAAACAGAAAGGUGGAGUCCUGGAAGUGGGUGUGGCUGACCGGAACUCUGGACAGGAGCCACACCAUGACAUUUUCUUGCAGUCCCACUUAGGGUCAUUAUAACUAUAAUUUCCAUCCGUCCCCAGUACUAUUGCAUGCUAUGUGUCCAGACAACUCUACAGCUUUCUAUUCUACCUGAGUUGGUGUGUGGAAACAUAGAGUCGUGCCAGAGACUUAUCUCCAAAAUUAGAUCAUGAAUUUAACAACUGUGUCCUUAGCUUGUGUGGCUAGCUCAUCCUGCCUUCCAAGGCCAAGCCCCUAAACCCAUUAAAGCCUAGGGAUGCCUCCUUGCUUGCAAGUGCAUUGAUCUGUGUUUCCUCCUCCCUUGUGCUUUUCUUUUCUUCCUCAGCGUGGCCAUCCUGAUCUUUAAUACUUCUCGGCGGUGCUUUGUUGUGGUGAAGCAGUUCCGUCCAGGUAAUCCCCUUUCUUUGCUUUUAGUUCUUGCUCUCCAAUGAAGCACAGCUUUUGAGGGGCUUUAGCAGUAAAAAGCAGGUGGGCCUUUGAAUACCUGUGGCGUAAUAUUUUGUGACGGAGAUGGGGGAAGAUGCACUAGCCUUUCUGGUGAGUUGUAGAAUCAUAGAAUUGUGGCGUUGGAAGGGAACCCCAAGGGCCAUCUACUCCAACCCCCUGCAAUGCAGGAAUCUUUUGCUCAACGUGCGGCUCGAACCCAUGGCCCCAAGAUUAAGAGUCCCAUGCUGUACCAACUGAGCUAUCCCAGGCCAAUAGGGUGCACUACGCUUACUUACAAGCAUGCUUUAGACUCCCUAGUCCUAACCAUUUAGGCUUCGAAAUGUGUGACCCACUAAAGAAAGCAGCUGCCUUUUGCGGAGUGCUUGAUAGCUCAGUUGGUUAGAGCCUGGUGCUGAGAAUGCCAAGGUUGCAGGUUCGAUCCCUGUAUGGGACAGAGGCAUAUUCCUGCAUUGCAGGGGGUUGGACUUGAUGAUGAUGAUAAUUUAUUAUUUGUACCCUGCCUAUCUGGCUGUGUCUCCCAAGCCACUCUGGGUGGCUUCCAACAAAGAUCAAAAAUACAUUAAAAUGUCACACUUUAAAAACUUCCCUAAACAGGGCUGCCUUCAGUUGUCUUUUAAAAGUAAAAUAGUUGUUUAUUGCCUUGCCAUCUGCUGGGAGGGCGUUCCUCAGGGCAGGUGCCACUACCGAGAAGGCCCUCUGCCUGCUUCCCUGUAACCUCGCAGCGAGGGAACUGCCAGAAGGCCCUCGGUGCUGGACCUCAUGUCGGGGCAGAACGAUGGGGAUGGAGACGCUCCUUCAGGUAUACUGGGCCAAGGCCGUUUAGGGCUUUAAAAGUCAGCACCAACACUUUGCAUUGUGCUUGGAAACGUGCUGGGAGCCGAUGUAGGUAUUUCAGGACCAGUGUUAUAUGGUCUCGGCCGUUCCCAGUCAUCAGUCUAGCUGCCACAUUCUGGAUUAGUUGUAGUUUCCGGGUCACCUUGAAAGGUAGCCCCACAUAGAGUGCAUUGCAGUAGUCCCAGCAGGAGAUAACUAGAGCAUGCACCACUGUGGCGAGACAGUCCACGGGCAGAUAGGGUCUCAACCUGUGUACCAGAUGGAGCUGGUAGACAGCUGCCCUGGACACAGAAUUGACCUGAUCCUCAGUAGACCUUCCAAUUCUAGGAGUUUCCUUUCGCUUUGUUUUUGUUCACCUGGGACAUCUCCCACCUUUUUGCACCAACUUUUUAAAAAGGACCCCCACUCUUUGGGCCAACUCCAAUCCUUUCGUGGCAGCCUAUAUGUAGGUGUGACCUACCCCUUAUCCCCACGGCAUGGCAGAUUUCAUCUGCUUAAUUUAUAUAUUGCCAAGCUGCCAUUAAAGGCUAAGAAGCAAGGCCGAGAAAAAAAGGUGGCCUUCCUGAAACAAAGGCUUCUCGUCGCAGCAGCCUGCCUUUUGGCAGUCUGCACGCCAACAUAGACCGGAUCAACCGUGCAGAAUCCAGCGCUUUGUGUUUCCUUUGAUGGUAUUACAUGGCUCUUAGCAUUUCCUUUAGGAGAGUAUUACCGCAACAGCUGUUUCUAGAUUAAUGCAAAAGGUCUUUUGCAAAUUCCACUCCGCAAUCCACUCUGCACGGGGGGGGGGGGGGUUACUAUGUGCUCAAAAAGGGCUUUCUCAAACAAACACGCGUGCUUUUCAUAACUCUGCCGAAACAGCAGCUGAGUUGACAGGCUGAAACACUCGUCAUUGCGCACAUGGUACAUCAUGUACAGCCCAACAUCCCAGCGAGUAUCAAUGAAUCCUGUGAAAUGUUGGCUGGCAAACGGAAGUUGCCUUGAGACAGAAGUUGCUCCCAAAAGUAGAAGUAAUGCUGAAGGGGAACGGGGAGAGAAUCUAUCUUUAUAAAGCAUGCAGGGUCUCUCCUGUUCUGCUAAUUAGCACUAAUUGGAUGUCCACACACAAACUUAUUUUCAAACAAUGCAGCACAGUAAAUGCACCAGGGACUUCUAAGUGCAACUGUAAUAACAUGCAUCUUAUAAUAAAUAAAUAGAGGCCGGAGGUCUUUGAUUGGUGUGAUGGCUUGACUAUCUCUCGUUAAGGUCAGGUGAGUGCCAGAGUCUUACAUUUUACCUUUCCCCUCCCCCCUCCAGCUGUCUACAUGUGUGAGAUGGAGCGGCUCUGCCCUCAAGUCUUUGAACGUGAAAACCAGGGGAGCUGGUGCCCUCUGCCAGGUCACUUGCCUGCUUCAACAGGAGUGACCUAUGAGCUCUGCGCUGGCAUUGUAGACAAGCCAGAGCUCUCUUUGGAAGAGACAGCUUGCAUGGAAGUCUUGGAAGAGUGUGGGUAUGAGAUCCCUACAGCCAGCCUGAAGAAAAUUACUUCGUGCAGGUAAGUCGAUCUGGGCUUGGUGGUUUUCGGAGAGCAGCUGGCAGGGUAGACCUUGAUGAAAUCAGACAAGCCGAACAUUUCCCGAACAUGCUGUUAGUGUGGGAAUGUUAAGGAUAGUAGGAAAGGAUAUAUUGAAUAAGUAUUAUCCUUCCUUCACUGACGCUAGUAAGUGAUGUAGCAGAGCAGAUUCCCCUCAAUGUAGCUGGAAGCUAGUUUGCAGAUUCAUUUGAAUCUCUUAGUUAAGUUUCUUUCCUGGUGUCCCCUUUGAUCGCUCUUAAAAGAAUAAAGACACAAGAGUCUUUCUGAGUAAAGUAACAAAAAGUUUACUCACAUUUCAGUUCACGAUUUGAUCCCUGAAAGGCAGGCUUUACUUGGUAGUUACACAAAGAAACUGUGAGUUCAUCUCAUGUGGAGACUGAACUCAGGUGCUGCUGGCUGAGAGCCAGCAGACAGCAAAAUUACAUUAAUAGAACAAAAUGGCUGCAGGACAGCAGCAUGGCAGCAAAAGGUAAGAACAAGACAACAGCAGUAUUAAAACAAACAAGAGACAAAACUGCAAGUGAGAAAAUGGCUGCGUGACUUGGCUCUUUUAUGGAAUCAGCCAGAGCCAUGCCCAUCUUCCAGGUCACAUGCAGGGGGAAGAUGCUCCAGACCAGUGGAAGAGGAAGUUACACUGACUGGAUGUCCCCCUGCCUGUGUCCACUCUAGGGAAAUAAGGAAGGUAGCAUUUGACUGCACCAAUGGAUUACAUCCCACAGUUAGGUACUCUGACAACUCUUUGAGCCAGAUCAUGGGCUUGUGUUCUUUAAUGCUCUCCACCAGAAUCUCUCAAAGGACUCUGGCAGAGAGCUUUCCUAGCCCUGCUCCUGAGAUCUUUCUUUCCCCCUUAAUCUGGAGAUCUGAAAGAUUGAACCCAAGACCUGCAGGCUAACUGUGCUAUGCCCCUUCUCUAGUCAGAUAACAGCCAUCCUAAACCCAGCUAAGUCAUCAACAACUGCCAUAAAGCAAACAAAAUAGAAAGCUGGAGAAGGCAAUAAAAGCUUUGUCCCUUCCUUAAUAGUAGCCUGACAAGGGAACCCUUUACCUGCCUUCACCUGUUGCUUCACUUCCUUGGGGGUUGAAGAGGAGGUGGAUUGCACAGGAGAGAUAAUAUCUCUUCCUGCAAUUAGUUUGUGGGGAAGUCUAACCAUGCCCACCUAAGUUCCGGACAAGUUAUUUCCCCUUUUGUUUUUUCUUCAAAGCUGCACAGAGUUACUCAGGGCUGAACUAAAAUGUCACGUUUGACACGGCUCCACCACUGAAAAUAAUAGUUCCAUCUUGUGUCCCCUUGUCCCACUCCCAUGGAGCAUGAGACUCUUAAUCUCAAGGUCGCGAGUUUGAACCCCACUCAUGUUGGGCAAAAAGAUUCCUUCAUUGCAGGGGGUUGGACUAGAUGACCCCCGUGGUCCCUUCCAACUCUACAAUUCUCAGUAGGUGGGGAAAUGAUAUGGGGGAAACUACCUGAUAUGAGGCAUUUCUUUUGGCACAGACACAAUCACACUGUUGGAUAUAUAACAACUAUUCUUGUCCCCUCAACAUCUGGUCAUUUCUUCUAUAGUAUUAUUAUUAUUAUUAGCCCAAGGCCUCUCCAGUCUUACCUCCUGUCCGAGUGGAUUGAAAGAAUGCAGUGCCGGAACAACAAAUCAUGCAGAGACACACCAGGCAGCCUCCUUAGAGAAAGUACACUGAGCACUUAGGAGAGUUGCAUUUUUAAUUCGUUUGUUCCACACAGCCCACCGGUGUGCCCCAGCAGAUCAUUUAGGAAUUACUGGAGUGGAUCAUUUUCCAGCCCGUGGGACAUAACAUGCUGAUUUAAAUCAAAAUUAUUAGCUGCAAUUUGGGAUACAUUUUGUAAUCCCAACUAUUUUAGAAGGAUUUUUUUUUUAAGCACAUUGAAAUUCCACCAGAACGAAGAGGGGAAGCCAACUGUGUGUAUGCAGAAUGCGUCUAGUAUUUGGAAUUAAGGAAAUGUCAAGAAUUAAAUAAUCUAAAAUGAAAAUGUGCUCAGAGCCUUCUGCCUCCCCAGAUUGCAGCUUUGUGGGGGGGAAGCAUCUGUUCUCCUACUUGGAGAUGCAUGUCGAAAUGUAUGGAGAGCUGGGACUUUAAAAGAAAGGAAAACUUUAUUUGCUUUUCCUCUUGACAACUCUAUUGAAGUGGACACUGACAUGCUUUAAGAAAGAAGAAGAAGAAGAGGGGCGGGGGACUGGGAAUUAAAUUCAGAUCCACAGCUGUCAAUCCUGGCAAAUGUCAUUUCCUGCUGGAUUAAGGAGCUUUUGCUAGGGGGAGGAGAAGAGGAACAGAGGAACUGUCUCUUACAACUCCUCGGAGCCAGAUUAUGUGAUUGGGUUCCCAGAUGAAAAGGUGCUUUCUUUGGUGUGAAAGACAGGCUGCAAUCCUAGGCCUGCUUACUUAGGAAUAAUCCUCACUGGACUCAAGGGGGCUUACUUCUGAGUAAACACGCUGGGAAUUGCCCCCCCCCCGCAUUUGUAUUAUCAUUCCGUCAAUGUUAUUUGGAGUGGGGGGGGGGAUAAUUAUGGAUGCAUCUGGGUUUGCUCUUUUGAGGCAAAUAGAAGAACAGGAGGUCCCUACAGAGAUUGGGGACAGGCAGAAGAAGCAAGACUACACCAGUCACAGCCCCCUCCCCUUUUACAUUUGAGUUUUGCCUCCCUCUCUGCCAAUACCUUAGGCCUUGGAGGGUCAUUUAAACGGCAGUCCAUGUUAUGUGCUGCGUAGGGAUGGCUGAACCAGUCACAGAACCAAAACCACAGAUUUGUAGAGUUGGAAGAGGCCACAGGGGUCAUCUAGUCCCACCAUAGCUGUCAACCGUCCCUUAUUUGGCAGGAAAGUCCCUUAUCCCAGCGCUGUGUCCCGCUGCUGUCCCGGAUUGAUGAUAUCCCAUAAAUUUCCCGGGUUUCAAAGGAAGCAGCUCCUCUCCCUCCCUCCCUGCCGGCCAGGGAGGAGGGAGGCUCCAACUGUGUUGCUUGGCUGCGUUGCUCACCCAAUAAGGAGUCUAAGAACGACUGGGGGGUGGAGCUUGCAUGCCUUGUGCCAAUCAAAUCGGCCGCGUUGCCUGGGAACUUGCCUUUGCUCAGCGCUUCCCAGCGGAGAGGUGAUGGUGGUUUUCCUUGCUGCAUCCCCUUUGCUGGGUUGCUGCGCUGUGGGAACCACUGCUUAAGGCUUCGUUUGGCUGCUGGCUGGGCUUUCUGCCUUUGGCUUGGAGGGGCUCAGAAGUUGAACAUACCUGUGCUCGGAAAAUCCCUUAUUUUGGCUGCUGAUCCCUUAUUUCCAAGGCUGCUGGUCCCUUAUUUUCAAAUCUGUAAGUUGACAGCUAUGAGUCCCACCCCUGCAAUGCAGGAAUCUUUUACCCAGUGUGGGACUCGAACCCACGACUUGGAGAUUAAGAGUCUCGUGCUCUAAUGGCCGAGUUAUCCCUCAGGGUCCAUUCCUCAUUUUUCAGAUCUUAAAAGUUUUGUUUGCCGAAUUUCCACAUCAGUUUUGUAAUAAUAGUAAUAAUAAUACUACAGUGGUACCUCUGGUUGCGAACAAGAUCCAUUCCGGAGGCCCGUUCGCAACAUGAAAAGAAUGCAACCCGCAGCGGCAUGUCUACGCACGCGCAGGUUGCGAUUCGCCGCUUCUGCGCAUGCGUGUGACAUCAUUUUGCACUUCUGCGCAUGCGCGAGCAGCGAAACCCAGAAGUAACCCUUUCCAGUACUUCUGGGUCGCCACGGGACGUUACCUGAAAGAACAUAACAUGAAGCGGACGUAACGUGAGGUAUGACUGUAGUAAUAAUAAUAAUAGUUUUCAUGGAAAGUCAUCACCAUUUUAGUGCAAUUUCCCCUGAUCUAAUGUAUAUCUGUACACCGUUUUCAAGCAGAAAACAGUUUACUAUCCAGAAGUUUCUUAUCUAGCACAUUUCCCAGUACAUUUCCAAGCCCAUUUCAAAGUGUUGGUGCUGACCUUUAAAGCCCUAAACGGCCUCAGCCCAGUAUACCUGAAGGAACUUCUCCACCCCCAUCGUUCUGCCCGGACAUUGAGGUCCAGCUCUGAGGGCCUUCUGGCAGUUUCCUCCCUGCAAGAAGUGAGGUUACAGGGUACCAGGCAGAGGGCCUUCUCGGCAGUGGCGCCCUCCCUGUGGAAAGCCCUCAAGGAGAUACAAAGCUUUUAAAAGACAUCUGAAGGCAGCCCUGUAUUGGGAAGUUUUCGAUGUUCGAAAUUUUAUUAUGUUUUUAUAUGUGCUGGAAACUGGCCAGAGUUGCUGGGGGAACCCAGCCAGAUAGGUGGGCUAUUAUUAUUAUUAUUAUUAUUAUUAUUAUUAUUAUUAUUAUUUCGGACAUAUGGUUUCACUUCAUUUGUUUUUAAUUUUGCCAAUGGGGUCUUUUAAUGUUUUCCCAUAAAAAAAUACAGUAUACUGGCCAUACCUGGUAGAGUUAAUGUUGUCUCAUGCUGUACUCUCCAUGGUAAUCUUCGCAUAAAUACAAUUUUAACCUUACUGCUCUGGUUAAUGGCCACAGUACAAUGACAUGCUUUGUAAUUAGAGGGAAUCACCUGCCAGUACACCUGUCUGCAGAUAGUAUAAUAUAAUAUAAUUUUGUGUCAAUUGCUUCUAUUCUUUGUGUGUGUGUUUUUCCUGCACCUGCUACUUAUAACCUCAGAACUGUGUAAAGGUCCAAAUCAAUUACCUUGGGAAAUUACCUUAAUCGCUCAUCAGCUUACCCAUUGUGUGUGUGCACGGAAUUGGCGUGCAGUACAAAGAGCGUCGUGAUUUUGGAUUUGCUUAUAAAAGCAGUAUAAUACGUUCCUCAGAUGCCGCAUAGUGCAUUUGCUUGAAUUUCCUUUUAUUAAUGAAUCGAUUUCAUAAUUUGACUGGAAGGUUUGUAUGCUUAAAAGCACAGGAUCAAUAAGUGUCAAUUUUUGAACACGGAUUCAGAAACGUAAGAGUAGAUUAUUUCACUAUAAUUAUUAUUUAUUUAUUAUUUAUUAAAUUUCUAUACUGCCCUUCAUCUGAAGAUCACAGGGCAGUUCACAACGUAGAAAUACAAAAUGAGAACACAAAAUUAAUUGAAAUAAUGGAUGACAAAUAAACCUAUUGCAUCAUAUAUCUGGAUGGAGAGAGAGAGAGAGAAUCUCACUUGGAAGAGUGGCAGAACUGUGAUGGAUUAAUUAGCAGCAACAUUUUGAACUGGAAACCCCAAGACUGUGUGUUAUAAGAACACAAAUAUAUCAGUUCGGAUCAGUUCAAAAGCCCAUCUAGUAGCCAGUCUCAGGGGAAGGUCCACAGCAGCACCUCUGCAAAUGUUACUGAACCUCUGGCUGGCAUGACUAAUAAUCUUUUGCAGACGUUCCCUCUAUGAAUUUCUCCCACCCAAGUUGGCGGGCAUCGCCUCAUCCAGUUACAACAAAUUCCAUACCUUUAAAUCCUGCAUUCAUUUUGUCUGCCCUGAAUCUACUUCAAAUUAGUUUUGUUGGAGGAGCCUACAUUUCCGGUAUUAAGAGCUAGGGAGAAGAUUUUUCUCCCUUUCAUUUGACACCAUGCAUAAGUUUAUAAAACUUUAUCAUCUCCUUCUUGGCUCACCAAAAACCCAAAAAUAAUGUAGCAUUUCCCCAGAGGGGAUUUCCUCCAACCGCCAGAUCAUUCUGACCACCCUUCUCUGAACCAAGAAGAAACGCAGGGCUGCUGUCAGAAUGGCAACUGUCUGCCUUAACCCAGCCAGCUGAUUUCUUCAUACAACUUCAUUUGUUCAUACAACAAGGAGUGUCUCCGCCCCCAUCGUUCUGCCCGGACACUGAGGUCCAGUGCCGAGGGCCUUCUGGUGGUUCCCUCCCCCCAAUAAAAUAUUUGAGGGGGGUCCCCAACUGAUGGGCAUUGCCAUUCAAAUGGUGUGCAUGCGCUACAUUGGUCGAUCAAUUACGUUGGAUGGGGCUUACCUGCCCACCCCCCAAAAUUUUAUUCAAGUUGGCACCCCUGCAAAAGAUAUUUGGGAACUGACUGUUUUUGAGGAAAGGGCUGGUGCCAUGAUGUUUAUAUUGUUAUUGUCUGUGUUUUUAGUGGAUCUUUUUAUGCUAUUUCAAUUCUCUUAGUGUUUAAUUGCAUUUUCAUGCAUUUCUGUGUUUUAGCUUGUUCUAGUAUAGCUGUGUAAGCUGGGUGUAAAUGUGUAAGCUGGAUGGUAAUAAUAAUAAUAAUAAUAAUAAUAUAAUAAAAUAAUAAUAACAAUAAUAAUAAUAAUAAUAAUAAUAAUAAUAAUAAUAAUAAUAAUAAUAAUAAUAAUAAUAUAUUACAGAUUACAGAAGUGCAGGGCUGCCAUUCAGCAACAUCCUGUGUUUCUCACACUGUGUCGUUCUCCUCUCAGUUGCAGAGUGCCCUUAUUUUGACGGGUGUUCAUGUAAGGUUUCCUUAAAUAUGUACUGGUUUCUCCCCUCUCCCUCUCUCACCCCUAAAGAUCUGGUGUUGGUGUGUCAGGAUCAAAGCAGACCUUGUUCUAUGCCGAGGUAACAGACGAGAUGAAAGCCGGCGAAGGUGGAGGCCAGCCACAAGAAGGGGAGCUGAUUGAGGUGGUGGAAAUACCUCUGCAGGACUGCAUGAAUUUUGCAUUUGACGAAGCUCUCCCUAAAACCAUGGGCUUCAUCUUCAGCUUCAUGUGGUUCCAGACCAACGUUGUCCCAAAGCUGCUAGAAAAAGAAUAACCAUUGCUGAGAUUUCUGGAGGGGUGAGGUUGGGAUUUUUUAUUUCAUUUAAAAACAACAACAACCAUCAAACCAUUUAUAAGAUUUUUUUCCCCUUUCUGAAUGUAUAUAUUUCAGGAAAGAGUCGCAAAAAUAGAAAUUAGGAAACUGCUGCUUUCUCCCCCCCCCCACCCCGGGCAAAGCGGGCGUUAAGCAUUUGACAUCAUUUGCAGCUGCAGACAUAAGUCCUCGCCCACCAUUGGCAGUCAGUCUUGACAGCCAUGAGUUCAUUAUUGACUGGUUGAACGUAACACUGGACAGCAUAGAAGCUGCUAAAGCUGGGAGAGCAGAAUCCUAAUUUGCUGGGACAGACACGCAUUUGCAGCAGCAGCUGUUUGGGGAGGGCAAUUUGGAAUGACAAAACGGUGAGGAAGGGAAGGAUUAAGCCCUUGCUUCCCCCCCUCCCCGCCCCGCCCCCUGGCCUCUGUUUCAUGCACUGCAAGAGGGUCUUUUAUUCGUUUUCUUAAAAGGUCCUUUGGAUUACUCUACAUAUACAUGCAUGUAAUGUGUAAUUACGCUGUGCAAACCCCGCUGGCGGGAAAAGCAUGUUAAAGGAUAGAGCAAUAACCGCCACAGGCACCCCCUUGCACUCCAAAAGUUUGACUUUUGGAGUAAGAAUUACUAGCCUUUCAGGUGACACAUGAAAGCACACACUUCUGCAUAAGCCGAUGAUCUGGCUGUCCCUCCCCAUUGGGAGGAGACUGGCGCAGAGCUGUGACUCACACAGGGAUGCAACGAACAGCCCCCACGGAGAGAAGGAAUUCUGUUAUGUCUCUGCAAAGGGAGGUGAAAGCUCAUUGGAAGGAGGCAAGGGCAGAGCGCUCUCUGUGGGCAGUCGUCCUGGCUUUGCUUUAAGGUACCAAAUGUGUUUCAUCUUCUCACUGAUGAGCCCUGGUCCAGUUUGGGAAUUGCUGAGUCAAAGUUGGCUGCUGCAGAGGAGACCAGUCAGGGGACCGGAUAUGGCUGGUGGUCUCUGUUUUGGCCAAGCCACACAUACCUGCCAUACACCCAACUUCAUAUAUGACAUCAGUUAAGGACGGGGCUUUGCUAGCACCAUAGAUUGGCAUCACACACAACCUCCUCGAGCUGCUCUUCCUAACCAGCUGGUCGUUGGUUGCUUUGGAAGCCCAGCACAAGGCUCUCCGCCACCCCGGGGUGAACACUUCUCAAGCGCCAAGCACAGAACUUGCAGGACGUGCUCAGCCCUCUGCAAGUUGCUUCUUGCACACCCCAAGAUCAGCUGGUUUUGGGGUGCCUGGGAAACGCUGCACCCUUUGAACUUUGACAGGUGUCAGUCAGCUGGAGUCACAGCGACAUCAUUUGAUUGACAGGCAUGUGUUUCCUCCCACCUAUCAAAGUUGGCCCACAGGCGUGGGAGAGAUAAAAUCUGCCCAUUGGACCAAGAAGGACCAAGGUUCUUCUGUGCCCCUUGGGAGCCUCUCCUGGCACUUAUAUUGUGUCCUCAAACCUGAUUGCAAGUUGCACCGGCUUCUCUGUGACAGCUCUGCCAGCUUACCGUAUUUUUCACUCCAUAAGACGCAACUUUUUCCUCUUAAAAUCUAAGGGGAAAUGUCUGUGCGUCUUAUGGAGCGAAUGUGUGGUCCAUGGGGCUGGGGGGGGGGGGGUUAACCUGGGCUUCCCCCGCCAGCCCCGACCUGCUCUUUGAGGCUGGCGGUGGGGGAAAGCGCGCUCUCCAGGCUUCCAAAGAACUCCCGCUGCGCUCCGGAGGCUUCGGGUUGCCUUCACUGAAGGUGACUGAACGCACCUUGAACACACUGUACGCACCUUGUUUUAGAGGGGGAGAACAAGGGAAAAAAAUCUCCCCCUCUCUGCGCAGCUCCCCUUCAGCGAAGCGGCAGGAGAAAUGGAAGGGGCUCCGUUUCUCCUGCCGCUUCGCUGAAGGGGCUCUGCGCAGAGAGGGGGAGAAAUUAUUUUUCUUGUUCCUCCCCCUCUAAAACAAGGUGUGUCCUAUGGUUGGGUGCGUCCUAUAAAGCGAAAAAUACGAUAAUUGCAUGUCUGAAAUGUUCCCUGCAAUGAAAUCUUUCUCCUACUCAUGAAUCUGACUCCUCUGGGGCCCAUCUUUGCUUGAUCCCCUCCCAAUAGAAAUAAUUGUGUUCCACUGUAAGGUUACUGUGGGGAUGGAGGGUGCAUAGUUCACCUAGAAGCGUCACGUAGCAGGUGAUAGGGAAGAAGACCCCCUGCCAGAGAUCCCAGAGGAUCACUGCCAAUCAGAGUAGGCAGCAUUGCGUUGGAUGGGCAGGUUGUUGCUGAUGCUGGAAGUGGCUUUGAGCGGUGCUCUGCUUUUUACCAUUUUAUGUUGUGUACUGAUUUGCUGUUUUAUGGUGUCUUUUUAAAACCUUAAGCCUAUUUGAGAAAUUGAUUCACAUUGAAUAUUUCUGUUACCUCGGGCUUCUAAAGCAGGUGUGGGAACCUCUGGCUUCCAGAUUUCUCCCUGCCCUUUGGCCAUGCUUGGAGACCCAAAGAUUACCCACCUCUGUUCCCAUGGGAUCUAGUUUUCUGAUCCUGUUGCUCUUUUUAGAAUUGGUCCGUAUCGCUGUGUAAAUUUACUUUUUAGUCGUCAUUUUAAUACUUGGUCAUGGCGUUUUUAACAUUGGUGCUGCUGCUGCCGCUUUAAAUUCUGUUGUAAAUGGCCUCUGUAACUACAGCUAUUAUUUUCAUUAAUAAGACUGCGUAGAAAGGCUUGGAAGAUCGCAGAAGCUGGAGAUCGCUUUAAGAGGCUAUUUAUCAUAUUGUUUUGUAUAUCAGUUCGAUGUUGUUUUAAAUCGUGGUUUUUUUAAAAAUCUUAAUUUGUUAGCCACUUUGAGAAUCUGAUUCAGAGGCAAAAGCUGUCUAAUAAAGAAAAAUAAAGUGUGAUGAAAGCAAA